GCCUCUGCCCGCGCGAGAGCCGAGGAGGAGGAGGAGGCCAGGGCGAAGGAGGCGGCGGCGGCGGCGGCGGCCCGCCAUGGCCGAGUCCCCGGAGGAGGUGGCGGUGCUGGUGCAGCGCGUGCUGAAGGACCUGCGCAACGCCUUCCAGCGCAACCCGCACAUGUGAGUCCGGCCCUCUCCCCGGCGGCGCCCUCCCGGGCGGGAAUGGCAGGGGCCGGGGGGAGCCAAGAGCCCCUAAGCUCAGCCAGAGAAUAUAGACCAUCCUGGGCGACGCAGCCAGAGAGCCGCCUUCGUCGCGGGCGCCACUUUCAGGUCCAGUUCUCUCUCCGCGUAGCUGGCUUCAGAGCUUUCCCUUCCAAGCCUCAAGUGCCUCUUGUUAGAGUCAGCGCGAGAGAAGGCGGCACUCCGCCAUGGAGAUUUGCCAGCGCUUCUGCCCGAAGAAGAAGAAGAUUGCAGUGUUGGUCUCUAAAGCACAUUUCCAUUUUUAAUGGUUCGGCGUUAAUGUACUUUGGCAGUCUCCCUCUCUUCAUGGGAUUUCAGAUAGUUUUUUCUGUCGUGGGUGAUCUGGCUGAGAUUUCUGCAUUGGAGAGGGUUGAGCUGGAUUACCUCCAGAGUCCCUUCCAACUCCACAAUUCUAUGAAUCAUUUGCCAAAAUGGGCAAAUUGGGAGAGAAGAAAGGGGGGGGGGACCCUCUGGAUCAUUAGCAUGGAUGUCUUUUACCAGUUAGAAUAACUUGUGUAAGAUCCCAUUUCAGAUCUGUGGUGGUGAUGAUGAUAAUUUAUUAUUUGUACCCCACCCAUCUGGCUGGGUUUCCCCAGCCACUCUGGGCGGCUUCCAACAAAAAUUAAAAAUACAUCAAAAUGUCACACAUUAAAAACUUCCCUGAACAGGGCUGCCUUCAGAUGCCUUAUAAAUGUCAGGUAGUUGUUGUUCUCUUUGACAUCUGGUGGGAGGGCGUUCCACAGGCCGGGUGCCACCACCAAGAAGGCCCUCUGCCUGGUUCCCUGUAACUUGGCUUCUCGCAGUGAGGGAACCGCCAGAAGGCCCUCGGAACUGGACCUCAGUGUCCGGGCAGAACGAUGGGGGUGGAGAUGCUCCUUCAGGUAUAGAUAGAUGGGUGUUUAGCUCCUAAGGUAUCAACUUUUAAAUUUUGCUCUGGAAUUUGAUUAAUGUAUAAGAAAAUAUUUUAAAAGAUGAAAGAUGACAAUUAUUGAGGUCAACCUCAGUUUCAAAGAUGACAAUUAUUGAGGUCAACACGCUGAACAAAUUCAGAAUGCUGUUAAAAAUAAUAAAAGCAUGCAACACUUUCUCCGCUUUUUAAAUUAUUUGAUAAUUACUACAGGGCCCACCACAUAUUAAAGGAAAUAUGUGUCCUUUUUCUCCAUCUGUGUCUCCAUAGGGACCACCAUGACAUAUGGAGGGGGUCAUAUGUCUGGAAGCAGGCAGUAAAAAUGCACAAUUGGGAGCUUUGAUUGGCACAUUUUUAGAUAAAUGUCUUCUGUGUGUUAUGAUGAUAGCUGCACAGGCAGAUGGUAGACAAUCAGAAAUGUGUUCUUAGUAAUGUGUGAAGUAGCACUGAGAAUUAGAUGGCGGCAUUAUGCAUCUGUUAGAUAUGUGUAGGUCUGUUCAGCGGUGGAGUAAGCUGAUUGAGCGCCUGGGGUGGCGCGCUUACCCUGCGCCCAGGGGCGGGGCCAGUCAGGGCAGGACGCCCGAGCAGUCUGCCUGCUUCCUCCCCCUCAGCCGCCCUACAGCUGAGGGGAGGCGGUGGGCAGACCGUUUGGGACAGCGCGGAACCUGCGGGCACCCGAACCACCUGCAGGCCCCGUGGUGAGUGCCGCCUGGCAUUUUGUCACCCUCCUCACUGGUGAUACCUGGGGUGGCCCACCCACACCGCACCCCAUUCUCUGCCCCUGGGUCUAUUAUUUUGAAGAGACGGCUACUUUUUACAGUGUCAUCCUUACAGGGUUUAUAAUACAGGUUGCUAUAAAGUGAAAAUUUAGAAUAAGGAUCCAUUCUGAGAUUCUUAAAUCUCCUUGUAGAACUUAUUGGAAAGGAGAACACCCCCUUGCGCAUCCCGUAUCAGCAGGUAACUGGGGGUAGACUUUGUAACUGGGCCAGACUCUAGAACGGGCUUCCUCAACCUCAGCCCUCCGUACGUUUUGAGACUACAAUUCCCAGCAUCCCUGACCACUGGUCCUGCUAGCUAGGGAUCAUGGGAGUUGCAGGCCAAAAACAUCUGGAGGGCCGAGGUUGAGGAAGCCUGCUCUAGAAUGUAGGAAGCUACCUUAUUCAUCUAUAUAGUCAGACCAUUAUUCAUCUUGCUCUGGAUUGUCAACACUGUUUGGUGGAAGUUCUCCAAGCUUCCAGGUGGCAAAUCUUUGCUAGUUCUACUGGAGAUGCCAGAGUUGGAUCUGGCACUGUCUGCAUGCAAAGCAGCUGCUAAGGCUCCAUUCUGAGAACAGAAAGCUUACUAAUGAGUCAAUUAACAAUAUCCUAAAGUAGUCCCAAAGUUGAUGGCAUUAGUACUCAUCAGCACUUCGCACUUUUAUUCCUUGACUUAAAAUCUUGAACAGGCAGCCAGUAGAGUUCAUUUUUGUGUCACGUUGUACCUGGCAUUGAGAAACUUCCAUGGUCCAGAUUACUGACUGGAUCUGGCAGAUUGGGGCAGAUAACUUGGAUAGCAUAUCAUCUGUGUUGGUCACCUUUGGAUUUCAGGUCUCAUUCAGUGGUUUUAAUCUUUGUAAAUGGCCAGGGACCUAUAUAGUUCAAGAAUUGCCACUACUGAGGCCCUUAUCUAGAGUUGCCUUUUCUUUUUAGUUUUGCAAGAUCUUAAAAAAGAAGAAGUUUUGAGCUAUUUUUAAGGUGGGCUUAAGGGGGAGGCUUUUUUUCCUGGCAUGGUACCAACCCCUGGAAUACUGUCAGAAGUUUGGCUUUUGGAGCAGAUAGUGAUUCUUUUAAGAUCCUGAAUCUGAUCUUUAAUUCCUGCUGCCUUUCAUACUCGUUCUAAUCUUUUAAUUGCUUUUGCAUAUUCUUUCCUUUUGGUAAUGGUUUUAAUGGUUUUAAAAUUUGUACUUAUCCUUUGUCUGCUUAAGUCUUUUCUAAAAGUUGGAAUAGACAUGAUGAAUAAAAUGGGGUAGAAAUGUUGACUAAAAUUAGAGCUGGAGUCUUGGGCAGGUGCAGAUUUUUAAAAUUACAACACCUGUACCCUGGGGUUUGUGGGAACAACACCCUCCGCAAAAUUCCCCAGCAGAGAAGUCUUCAAGUGGUUCUUUAAAGAGGACAGAUGUGAUCAUGAGAUGCUUGCUUUGUCUUUUACUUGGAGGGCAAAACUUCAAUACCCACCAGCCCUUUGUUGGUGAUUGAAAAGCCCUUUGUUCUUUAAGUGUAGAAGUAGGAAUGAAUUUUAGAACAAAAUGUUUUUGUGUGUUGAGAUCAAACAUAACCAUUCUUUCCACAUCAAGGAGAGACACCAAGGAGAGCUGGGAAACUUCUGCACUUCAGGGGAUGAAAAGUGUCUUCAUAUAUUGAAUGGUUGCAAAUACACGUUUAUUACUGCAUGUGAACCGCGGCAAAAAACUGCAUCCAAUCUCUGUUUCCUGGAUCAUUUCUGUCUGUUGUAAACCAAGACGGUGGCCUUAAGAAAGCAGUAGUUUUUUCAGGUUGUGUGGUGUUAUCUCUCAUACUGAAUUUUUGCUUGCUCUCAAGUAGAUUGCUUUAGAAGAAGAGAACUUUCUAUUUUUAUGUCUGUAGUGGUUAUAAAUUAAACAUAAAGAGUCAUAUUUUUGACAUGUUUUGCUCAUUUGUGUUUUUCUGACUAAAGUAGGACAAGCCACUUUGACUGACAUCAUGUUCUAUAUUUAAAUAUUCACUAAAUUUGCCAAAUUCAAUGUGCGGUGUUCUUGGAUCCUGCACUGCCACAGAAAUUUGAAGCCUAUUCAUUAAGUAAGCCAUGUAAUGAAAAUGGGACUAUACUUGUGCUUUUUAUUUUGUUGUAAGGAGAUGCUCACACUAGCAGUCUUACUAAUUUGGAUGAGAAAAUAAUGCUUACAGUGUGCUUGAAACAUUAGAAAAUGGUAUUAUAAUAAUAAUAAUAAUAAUAAUAAUAAUAAUUUUAUUAUUUAUACCCCGCCCAUCUGGCUCAGUUGCCCCAGCCACUUUCCCUUAGCUUAAUAUAUGUCCUUUUUAAAAAAAAUAAUAAUAUUUAUUGCUUUUAUACCUUACAAAAAGAAAAAAGAGAAAAGAAGAAAGAAAAGAAGAGAAAAAAAGCAAAAAGCAAAAGAGAAAACAAUACAAUACAAUAUAUAAACAAUACAAAAUGCAACGUUAACAUUAACACAUUAACAAAACAAAAGCAAAAACAAUUCAAAAAACACACAUCAUACCAUCUCAAUAUCCUCUCUUUCAUUCCCUUGUUUCAUCGACCUCUUCUCACCUCCCUUUUUGUAUUCCAUUUCUAUUGAUUGUUUCAGCAAAUCCUUUCCAUCUUUCUCUAUUUUCUGUCAUGUAAUUAUCUUAACAUAUUUUAACCUUGUUUUCCAUUAAUACUAUAAUACUUAUUUAUACUUAAUUACUUAAAAUAUUUCUACUAAAGCCAUAUAAUUCCUUUCCAACAUUUUUCUAACACUCAUUAAUUUUACAUUAUUUCCAUGUAUAGGUUUUAAACUUUUUCCAAUAUUCUUCCACCGUCUCUUCUCCCUGGUCUCGGGUUCUGCCAGUCAUUUCCGUCAAUUCCAUAUAGCCCAUCAACCUGGUGAUCUUCUGUCCAAGGCUCUUAAUUCUUUCCCAGGUCCCUUCUGCAGGUCUUCUUCAUAUUUAUACAUGCACUUUACUUUGUCUUCUCCUGAUCUUGUUCUUAUUUUCCUUCCUUUGACGCUGAAAAGUAGAUCUCCGGGGAUUCCCAUCUAGCAAUGUUUUUAUUCCUUCUCAGCAAGUCAACCAAAUCUCCAUAAUUAAAACUGAAAUUCAAAAGAUAUUUCCAAUCGUGUUCCAAAGUUCCUCCGAGUCUGGCAGUCCCCACAACUCCAGUCUCCUUCUGACCCAAAUCCAGGUCCCAGAGGUCAAUCUCCAGUCCAAGCGGGGCUCCAAUCCUAGAAGUCUGACUUUCUCUAAAUUCAGUCUUGGAAGACAUCAACUUAUAAUCAUCCAAUUGCAACUGUAAGGCUGGAGUUCUCUGCCUCACUACUUGUGCCACUUUAGGUUCCAUAGCGAGAACUUUCUCCCCCGCCUUCUCCUCAAUUUGCCAUGUCAGAAUAGAUCCCUGUAUUGAUUCCUGAGUAAUUUCUGUAUUAAUAUUGACUUUUUGUGCCAAAUUAGUCACUUUUUGUUCCAAGUUAUCAAUUUUUAUAGUCCUCGCAUCUGUCUUCUUGAAAAGCUGUUCCAGUGAGUCGUUAAUCUUGCAAAAUGCAACCACUAAGGCUUCUUCUGUCAACAUUCUUAACGAGUCAAGGUCAAAUCCAAUUUCUCACAGUUUUAUCCUGCUGAUGGAAAAUUCCCCCAGCUCAGCUCUUGUAACAAUUUCAAAGGCUUCCUCUAGAGGGAAACAGUUUCUAUUUGUAUCAAUCCUUUUAAGCACAGGUCAAACAAUAAAGUUAGUUUCAAUUUUCAGUUACUUUUACUCCUUUUUAAGCGCAGAAAGAGACAGUGGAGACAAGAUAUUUCCCUUCUUUAACUUACUGUCCCCAGACAAUCUAUUCACAGUUAAUGAGCAUAUCCAAAACUUCAAUGCUUACUAGCAGCCCAUUUCCAGGUUCAGAGCAGUGGUGAUUUGACUUUCUUCACUCUCUCCUGCAGGCUUACACGAUCUUAAAUCUCCCCCCUCUUCUCCUGCUUCCAAGGGGGGUUUAGUGAUUUAACCAAUGGAAGUUUAAUCCUUUAUGAGAGACUUUCCAAGGCUUUAGCUUGCAGCCUCUUUGCUUCAAUCUAUUUACAAAAGGGGGAGGCGGACUUCCUGCUUGAAACCUCCCGUUUCGGUGCCAAAUUAAGACGUUUAAAAAUCCAAUUUUCCGUUCUACUCAUGGGUUGUUGUUUUGAGAUCAAAUUGUCCACAGGAAAAAGUCAGCGCUCUCCUGCAACAGCAAUGUGGCUUCACUCCGUGAAAGAAGCAGUCGAUUCAAAGCACCGCGCCACUCACCCCACCUCGCUCCGGAUCCCCGAAACCGGGUUACCCCGCGAGUAGGGGAGGCGCAAAAGGUGCCAGCCGAAUCCCACGUCCACAAGCCUCUCCCGCCUGUGGUUUUUGAUGGGUCUCCGCCUCGCCGUGGCGGCCAGACCCUAAUUUCCACGGAGUGGAUUCCUCCCGAUCAGAGGAAAUCCGCCAUUGCUGGAGGCGCUAACCCGGAAGUCUAGGUUGCUCAGAGAUACCUCAAAUUGUUUUGUGGUCCAACAUCCAUUCAUUGCAUUAACAGAUACAGUACAAGUAAACGCCAUUGGGAAUGGAACAUCUUGUUGCCUUCAAAUAUUAAGCCAGCACAGAAAAAAUAUAAUUGCCAUUUCAAUUCUUAUUUGAUGUUCACAGGAGACUCUCAGUUGGGGCAAAUCAGGUGGGGUAGAAAAUAUUCCAAGUGCUUUAUUCUUCCAGGGGGAAAAAUCCAUUUCAUUUUUAACAUUUUUAAAGCUUUUUGUUUUGUUAGCUUUGUUUAUUAAAUGCAAAUAAAAUAAACAUGCUAAAUUAGAUCCCUCUCUAGGGCAGGGCGCUCCAACUUUUCAUACCAAGUGGGCCGCCAGAGUACUUCAACGGACUCCACAGGCCACGCAUUACCUUGUCACAUGGAGAGGGGGGAAGCGAGGCUGAAAUCUGACACGAACACCCAGCCCUUGUGCUGCCUUCCCCAAGCCGCCUAAGCAAGGUGCCCGGCUUUGGGAAGGAGGAAGGAGGUCUCUAGGACUCUGCCAAUGCCUCAUGCCUCCUUCCCAAAGCCCACCGUACACCUACCUGGUUUUCCAGUGUGAGGGCUUGGGGGGGGUGUCAAAUGUUUCUGAGGGACACCGGAAAAGGCCUUGGGGGCUGCAUGUUGGACCGCCCUGCUCUAGGACAUAGGAAAUAAAUAUGUAUUUUUAUUAUUUAUACCCCACCCACUCAAUUUAAGUGGAAAAAAUCCUGAUGCAAAAUAUCCAAAUUUGCAUCAGAAAUAUUUCAAGAAAUAAUAAUAAUAAGAAGAAGCCUCCCUCACUGGUUGGGGCCACAGAGCACUAGCCAGUAUUUUCACUCUGAACAGGAAGAUAUUCUGUUCAUGUAAUGGGAGUUGCCCCACAGCCCCUUGUUUCAUCCUGAACAGUGGUGCUUAUUCCCAGGCAAAUGUGCCUAGGAUUGCAACCUGAAGCAGGCAAGUGGCAGAUCUGAGCGGGUCUAGGGCAGGCAUAGGCAAACUCCAGCCCUCCAGAUGUUUGGGACUACAAUUCCCAUCAUCCCUGACCACUGGUUCUGUUAGCUAGGGAUGACGGGAAUUGGAGUCCCAAGCACUUGGAGGGCCAGAGUUUGCCUAUGCCUGGUCUAGGGUGUCACAUUCCCCUGAAGACAAAAGCAGCUUGCCUCCAGUUGGGCAUACCUGUUUGCUUUGUAGUGGGACUGCCUGGAUGCCCAGCUCACACGAAACAAGGCACUGUCUUCGAUUUUAACUUGCAAUCUGCUAUUUGAAGAGACUGGUUUCUGACCAUGACAAGCCUCUAUUCCCUGCUUCUUAAAGUGGGUAACAGUUUACUUUGUGUCUUGUACUCUGGCUCAGUGGCAAUAAGUAUUAUCAUUUCAGUUUUAUUUCUAUGAGAAGUGAAUUUUGGAAAGAAAAGAGAGGCCCCAAAUUGUUCAGUUCAGCUUUCUUUUUUCCCUCCUGAAGCCUGUUUCAGGUUACCAGUGCAAAAGGAGCUAUAUUCCUUUGUGCAAAUUAAUUUUUGCACCUCUGCAAGGUGGUGCAAAUGAGCUGAGCUACUCAAAUGACUCCUUCAAGUUCCCUACAAAGCUUCCUCUGUGAUCUUGAUCAAGUGCUAAAUGCCUUAGGCCCCAAAUAUCUGAGAGGCUGCCUUGUGCCCUGCAGACCCUCUCUUGCUCAUUUCAGCAGAGGGGGCUCUCUUGGUAGUUCCAGCAGCCUCAGAGGUGCAGUGGGUGGCAACUUGGGAGAGAGCAUUUUCUGGAACAGCCCCUGGGUUGUGAAAUCUUUGUACAGUUUCUGUCAUUUGCUGAAGAGUGGCAUCUUUACACCUGAGAGAGAGAUCUUUUCAGAACCCGCCACAUUAUUGUGGAUGUAAUUUGUUUUAAACUGUUGUUGUAAGCCACCCAGGGACCGUAUGGUAAUAAAUAAAGUAAUAAUAUAAUAGGAAGAAGGUGACACUGUCUCAGCCUAAGCCUUAGCAUAGGGAUUUUCUCAGGAUAAAGUGGGUCAGAAACUCUGUUUAUCGGCUUGUCCUUGGAGGAAGCAUGGGAUAAAAAUAAAUAUAAUUAAUAAUAAUUAGAAUGUUCUGUAGCUGAUAAUUUUUUAUUCAGCAGCUCAAAAUUGUGUGCUCAAGUCUUAGCAUGCUGAAAAUUGCUUUGUCUUUAUUCUUUUUAAACAAAUGAACUAAAUGGCCUGUUUCCAUACUCCCUGCAGUGGAACAAAAUAAUGCACCCAAGAAUUUAUUUGCAUGUUGUUGUUGUUUAGUCGUUUAGUCGUGUCCGACUCUUCGUGACCCCAUGGACCAGAGCACGCCAGGCACUCCUGCCUUCCACUGCCUCCUGCAGUUUGGUCAAACUCAUGCUGGUAGCUUCGAGAACACUGUCCCACCAUCUCGUCCUCUGUUAUCCCCUUCUCCUUGUGCCCUCCAUCUUUCCCAGCAUCAGGGCCUUUUCCAGGGAGUCUUCUCUUCUCAUGAGGUGGCCAAAGUAUUGGAGCCUCAGCUUCACAAUCUGUCCUUCCAGUGAGCACUCAGGGCUGAUUUCCUUCAGAAUGGAUAGGUUUGAUCUUCUUGCAGUCCAUGGGACUCUCAAGAGUCUCCUCCAGCACCAGAAUUCAAAAGCAUCAAUUCUUCGGCAAUCAGCCUUCUUUAUGAUCCAGCUCUCACUUCCAUACAUCAUUACUGGGAAAACCAUGGCUUUAACUAUACGGACCUUUGUUGGUAAGGUGAUGUCUCUGCUUUUUAAGAUGCUGUCUAGGUUAUCGCCUUACUCCCAAGAAGCAGGCGUCUUUUAAUUUCGUGACUGCUGUCACCAUCUGCUGUGAUCAUGGAGCCCAAGAAAGUAAAAUCUCUCACUGCCUCCAUUUCUUCCCCUUCUAUUUGCCAGGAGGUGAUGGGACCAGUGGCCAUAAUCUUCGUUUUUUUGAUGUUGAGCUUCAGACCAUAUUUUGCGCUCUCCUCUUUCACCCUCAUUAAAAGUUUCUUUAAUUCCUCCUCACUUUCUGCCAUCAAGGUUGUGUCAUCUGCAUAUCUGAGGUUGUUGAUAUUUCUUCCGGCGAUCUUAAUUCCGGCUUGGGAUUCAUCCAGCCCAGCCUUUCGCAUGAUGAAUUCUGCAUAUAAGUUAAAUAAGCAGGGGGACAAUAUACAGCCUUGCCGUACUCCUUUCCCAAUUUUGAACCAAUCAGUUGUUCCAUAUCCAGUUCUAACUGUAGCUUCUUGUCCCACAUAGAGAUUUCUCAGGAGACAGGUGAGGUGAUCAGGCACUCCCAUUUCUUUAAGAACUUGCCAUAGUUUGCUGUGGUCGACACAGUCAAAGGCUUUUGGAUAGUCAAUGAAGCAGAAGUAGAUGUCUUUCUGGAACUCUCUAGCUUUCUCCAUAAUCCAGCACAUGUUUGCAAUUUGGUCUCUGGUUCCUCUACCUCUUCUAAAUCCAGCUUGCACUUCUGGGAGUUCUCAGUCCACAUACUGGUUGAGCCUAUCUUGUAGAAUUUUAAGCAUAACCUUGCUAGCGUGUGAAAUGAGUGCAAUUGUGCGGUAGUUGGAGCAUUCUUUGGCACUGCCCUUCUUUUUGAUUGGGAUGUAGACUGAUCUUCUCCAAUCCUCUGGCCACUGCUGAGUUUUCCAAAUUUGCUGGCAUAUUGAGUGUAGCACCUUAACAGCAUCAUCUUUUAAAAUUUUAAAUAGUUCAGCUGGAAUACCCUCACUUCCACUGGCCUUGUUAUUAGCAAUGCUUUCUAACGCCCAUUUGACUUCACUCUCCAGGAUGUCUGGCUCAAGGUCAGCAACCACACUACCUGGGGUAUACGAGACAUCCAUUUCUUUCUGGUAUAGUUCCUCUGUGUAUUCUUGCCACCUCUUCUUGAUGUCUUCUGCUUCUGUUAGGUCCUUACCACUUUUGUCCUUUAUUAUGGCAAUCUUGAACGAAAUGUUCCUUUAAUAUCUCCAAUUUUCUUGAACAGAUCUCUGGUUCUUCCCAUUCUCUUGUUUUCCUCUAUUUCUUUGCAUUGUUCGUUUAAGAAGGCCUUCUUAUCUCUCCUUGCUAUUUUUUGGAAAUCUGCAUUCAAUUUCCUGUAUCUUUCUCUAUCUCCCUCGCAUUUUGCUUGCCUUCUCUCCCCCGCUAUUUGUAAGGCCUCAUUGGUCACCCACUUUGCUUUCUUGCGUUUCCUUUUCAUUGGGAUGGUUUUCGUUGCUGUCUCCUGUAUAAUGUUGCGAGCCUCCAUCCAUAGUUCUUCAGGCACUCUGUCCACCAAAUCUAAAUCCUUAAACUUGUUCCUCACUUCCACUGUAUAUUCAUAAGGGAUUUGACUUAGAUUGUAUCUUACCGGCGGUAAGUGGUUUUUCCUACUUUCUUCAGUUUAAGCUUGAAUUUUGCUAUAAGAAGCUGAUGAUCUGAGCCACAGUCAGCUCCAGGUCUUGUUUUUGCUGACUCUAUAGAGCUUCUCCAUCUUUGGCUGCAGAGAAUGUAAUCAAUCUGAUUUCGAUGCUGCCCAUCUGGUGAUGUCCAUGUGUAGAGUCGUCUCUUGUGUUGUUGGAAAAGCGUGUUUGUGAUGACCAGCUUAUUCUCUUGGCAGAACUCUAUUAGCCUUUGCCCUGCUUCUUUUUUGUUUUUUUUUAAAGAAUAUUUAUUCCAGUUUUAAAGUUACAAAAAAUAUAGAAAAAACAAACCACACACAUCUUACAAAAAACAGACAGUAAAAAGAAAUAAGAAAAAACAAAAAUCACAGUAAAAAUAACAAAAAUCAAAUUAGACCUUUACAACCUUUUUCCCUUUUACUUAUUUCCAUGACUUCCUCUCACCUCCCUGCUUUGUAUUCUAGUUUAAAUCGUAUCUCCAGCAAAUCCUUCUAACCUUCUUUUCUUUUACUUAUUUUAACAUUCGAAAGUAUUUAAUUCUCCUCUAUCCUCAUUUUACACUUCAUAUUUACUUAUUCCAUUAUACCAUGUCUGCCAAUACGGUCUAAUAUUCUUUUCCACCCUUUUUCUAACAUUCUUUUAUAUUACAGUGUUUCUGAAGAUAUAUUUUAAAUUUUUCCAGUCUUCUUCCAUCAACCCUUCUUCCUGAUCUCGAAUUCUGCCGGUCAUCUCAGCCAGUUCCAUAUAGUCCAUCACUUUCCUCUGCCAUUCUUCUCGGGUAGGCAAUUCUUGUGUCUUCCAAUAUUUCCCAAUAAGUAUUCUUGCCGCUGCUGUCGCAUACAUAAAAAAUUCCUAUCUUCCCUUCGCACCAAUUGGCCGACCAUGCCCAAGAGGAAGGCCUCUGGUUUCUUCACAAAAGUGUAUUUCAAUACCUUUUUUAGUUCAUUAUAUAUCAUUUCCCAGAAGGCCUUGAUCUUUGGGCACGUCCACCAAAGGUGGAAAAAGGUUCCUUCAUUUUCUUUGCAUUUCCAACAUUUAUUAUCGGGCAAAUGAUAAAUUUUGGCUAGCUUGACUGGGGUUAAGUACCACCUAUAAAUCAUUUUCAUUAUAUUUUCUCUUAAUGCAUUGCAAGCCGUAAACUUCAUACCUGUGGUCCAUAACCGUUCCCAGUCAGCAAACAUAAUAUUAUGCCCAACAUCUUGUGCCCAUUUAAUCAUAGCAGACUUAACCAUUUCAUCCUGUGUAUUCCAUUUCAACAGCAGGUUAUACAUUCUUGACAAAUUUUUAGUUUUAGGCUCUAACAAUUCCGUUUCCAGUUUGGAUUUUUCCUCCUGGAAACCAAUCUUUUUAUCUAGGUUAAAAACCUCCCUUAUUUGAUAAUAGUGAAGCCAAUCUCGGACUUUAGUUUUUAAUUUGUCAAAACUCUGCAGUUUUAGUUUAUCUCCAACUUGUUCUAAAAUUUCACAAUAUUUUGGCCAAUUUGUCUCCAUAUUAGUUUUUUUCAAUGCCUUUGCCUCCAUUGGUGACAGCCACCUUGGUGUUUUACUUUCCAACAAAUCCUUAUAUCUCACCCAAACAUUAAACAAUGCUUUCCUGACAAUAUGAUUCUUAAAGGCCUUAUGCGCUUUAACUUUGUCAUACCAUAAAUAUGCAUGCCAUCCAAACACGUUAUCAAAACCUUCUAGAUCCAAAAUGUCCACGUUUUCAAGAAGUAGCCAAUCUUUCAGCCAGCAAAAAGCGGCUGAUUCAUAAUAAAGUUUAAGAUCUGGCAGGGCAAUCCCCCUCUUUCCUUCGCAUCUGUUAAUAUCUUAAAUUUUAUUCUAGGCUUUUUGCCCUGCCAGAUAAAUUUGAAAAUAUCUCUUUGCCACCUCUUGAAACAGUCCAUUUUAUCCACAAUUUGCAAUGUUUGAAACAAAAACAACAUUCUAGGCAAUACAUUCAUCUUUAUCGCAGCAAUUCGGCCCAACAAUGAUAAUUUCAAUUUUGACCAUGUUUCUAAAUCCUUCUUCACUUCUGACCAACAUUUUUCAUAAUUAUCUUUAAACAAAUUCACAUUUUUAGCAGUCAUAUUCACCCCUAGAUAUUUCACUUUGUUAACUAUUGUUAAUCCUGUCUCUUUCUGAAACCUCUCCUUCUCAAUCUCUGUAAGAUUUUUCUCUAAUACCUUUGUUUUCGUCUUGUUUAAUUUGAAACCUGCUACUUGACCAAAUUCUUGGAUUAAUUGUAAUACUCUUUUUGUACUGGCUUCUGGCUCCUGUAAUGUCAAAACUAAAUCGUCAGCAAAAGCUUUCAAUUUGUACUGUUUAGCUCCGAGUUGUAUACCUUUAACCAAUUGGUCUUUUCUAAUCAUAUUGAGCAAAACCUCCAGGACCGAUAUAAAAAGCAAUGGGGAGAUUGGGCAACCCUGUCUUGUUCCUUUCUCUAUCUUAAAUUCUUCUGUAACUACGUUGUUCACAAUAAGCUUAGCUUUUUGUUCCGAAUAAAUUGCACCUAUACCAUUUUCAAAACUUUGGCCUACCCCCAUCCCCUGCAAAUUUUUCUUCAUAAAACUCCAAGAAAUGUUGUCAAAUGCUUUCUCUGCAUCUACAAAUAUUAAGACAGCUUUAGUAUUGAUAUUAACUUGCAAUUUUUCCAAAAUAUUGAUAAUAUUCCUAGUAUUAUCUGACAGAUGUCUCCCAGGGAGAAAGCCCGCCUGAUCUUUAUGAAUCUCUUUUACCAAUACAUUUUUUAAUCUUUUAGCCAUAAUUUCCGCAAAAAUUUUGUAAUCCACAUUGAGUAGGGAUAUGGGACGGUAGUUCUUCAACUGUGUCUUCUCCACUUCGGUUUUUGGUAUAAGUGUAAUGUAUGCUUCUUUCCACGACUCGGGUGCUUUUCCUCCCGUAGUAUUUCAUUGCAAAGUUCUUUCAGCGGUUGCAAUAACCAUUCUUUCAAAGAUUUGUAGUACUUUGCAGUUAGUCCAUCCGGUCCUGGAGAUUUGCCCAAUUUCAUAUUCUGAAUGGCUCCUUCCACCUCUUGAUCAGAUAUUGUAGAAUUUAAUAUUGAUUUACUCUCUUGAGAUACUUUUUGUAAUCCAUUAUUUUUCAAAAAUCGAUCAAUGUCUAAUUCUUUCUGAGUCUCCUGCGUAUAUAACUGUUUAAAAUAGUUCUGAAAGCACUUCCGAAUCUCUCCAGGAUUCUGUAUGUUCUUCCCUUCUACUACCAAGUUCGUAAUCGUAUUCAGCUUUUGUCUUUUUUUCAUUUGCCAGGCCAGUAAUUUCCCACAUUUAUUUGCCGAUUCGAAGGUCUUUUGUUUCAUCUGUUUGACCUUCCAUUCUAUCUCCUGGUUCAUCAAUUUCAUAUAUUGUACUUGGUAUAGCUUUAUCUCUUUUAGAAUCUCCUGUGAGUUCGGUUUCGCCCUCAGUCUUUUUCUCCAUCCUUAAUUUUCUCCAAAAUUUUUCUCUCUUCUCAUUUUGAUAUCUUUUCCUAAUUGCGUUUUGUUGUAUCAAAAUCCUCUCAUCACCGCUUUGCUGGCAUCCCAAAUCACUCUUUUUUCUGUCGUGGUAUUCAAAUUUAUCUCAAAAUAGUCUCUCAAAUUCUUCUGAGCCUUUUUAAUAAUUUCCUCAUUCCUAAAUAAGGAGUCAUUCAUCCUCCAUCUAAAAGCUCCAAUUGGCAUUGAUAUCAUUUCAAUCUUUACUGGAUUGUGAUCAGAGCAAAUUUUCGGGCAAAUCACCGCUUUUUUUUAUCUUAGGGGCCAGUCCUCUAGUUAUCCAGAUUUGGUCUAUUCUUGUCCAUGUCAUAUUUGCUUCAGAGAAGAAGGUUCCUUCUCUUUCCAAGGGGUUCUUUAUUCGCCAAAUAUCCACAAGAUCCAUAUUGUCAGUCAUUUCAAAAAUGUCCUUGGUAGUCUUCCAUCUUUUGUCACUGUUUGUCUUUGGGCUUUAUCCAUAUUUGUAGACACUACUCCAUUCAUAUCUCCCAUCAAAAUAAUGUUGUAAUCCAAAUAAUCCAGGAGAGUUUCAUGCAAUUUCUUAAAGAAUUCUGAUUUUCCCUCAUUUGGUGCAUAUACACCUAUUAUCAAAAAUUUCUGUCCUUGGAACUGAAUUUCAAUUGCUAUAUAUCUUCCUUGAUCAUCUUUAAAUAUAAAUUUUGGUGACAGGCUUUCCUUCGCAUAAAGUACUACCCCUCUUUUUUCACAUUGUCCGAUGAAAUAAAUUCUUCUCCCAAUCUUUUAUUUAUCAAAAUUUUCCGAUGUAGCCUUGUCACAUGGGUCUCUUGUAAACAAAUCAAGUCCAAAUGUUCUUUUUUCAAUGUAUGGAAUACUCUCCCCCUUUUUGCCGACGAAUUUAGACCGUUAAUAUUCCAGCUUAAAACUUGUAGUGUCAUUUUGUAGUUACUCUCCUUCUCCUCCAACAGCCCCAAGAAGAUUGUCUAUGUCUGUCGGUGGCGUUGGUUUCACUUUUUUUUGCAGACUCUUAUCCGGUAUCGCAGUGUCUUUUCCCAAUCCUUUCUGUAGAUCUUCUUCGUAUGCACUCAAAAACUUGUUCUUUUCCUCCACUGAUCUAAUCUUGGUCUUUCUUCCUUUAAAACUAAAGGAUAGACCUUGGGGGAAUUCCCACCUGAAAAGGAUUUUAUUUUUUCUCAAUAGGGCCACCAAGUCUCCAAAAUCCUGUCUUAAGUCAAGAAGAUGUUUUGGUAUAUCUUUAAAGAUUUCCACUUUUGAUUGUAUGAUUGUCAAGGGUUUUUCGUAAUGCAGGCCCAAAAUUUUGUCCCUUUCUUCUUUGGAUCGGAGGGUGAUCAAACAGUCCCUUAUUUUAAUCUUUCUUCCUCCUUUCCCCAGUCGAAAGGCCCUCACAAUCUUAAAAUCCUCUUGUUUCAAUUCCGAUUUCCAAAAUUCCAGAAAUUCUUGUGUCAAAAAGUCUAUCAAGGUGCCUUUCUCCAACUCAGGAACAGCUCUAAUUCUAAGAUUCGUUUGUUUGUCUCUAAGAUCAAUCAUAGACAACGUUAACUUAUGUUCUGCAAUCUCUUUCUGCAGGUCUGGUACCUUUUCAGUUUCCAAUUGCCCCAAUUUAAAUUCUACAGCAGCAGUCUUUUCCUGUAUAGACUUUGAGUCUUGCAGUAAUCUCUGAAUAGAUUCCGUGUUACUGUUUACCUUUUUCUCCAAAUUGUCUAAUGUUUCUGUGUUUAAAUCAAUUUUUCUAUUAGCAAUGUCCACUUUCUGGUUCGUUUCUUCCACUUUCCUAUUCGUCUCCCCCACCCUUGUACUAAGUUGCUGUAUAGAUUCAUUAAUCUUAGCCAGAGCACUGGCUAAAAUUUCCUCAGACAUUCCACCAGACUUAGAUUGUGUUGCCGAUGCAGGCAAACCAGCAGAUGAUUGCCUUCUGUGUACCCAAGGUUUCCCUGAUCUCAAGACUGACUGGUCUUUUUGGCCAUCAGCCAUAACAAAGUGAAGGUGAAGUUCCUUUCCCACGUCUGCUGUUCCUGUUUACAAGUGGAAAAUUCCUUUCCUGUAGUUUCAGGGAGUCCCACUAGGUGGACACUGUUGCCACCUAACCAGUUACUGUCCUUCUAAAAUAACAGGAAAGAGAAACUAAGUAGAAAGACAAAGGUGGAGGACACAAUGUAACUUUCCAAUUCUUUUCCCCAACGAAAUUGGCCACAAUAUAUCUUCUUUACAGCCAACAAGCAGCUCUGACAGCUUUGACAGCUGAGACGUCUCACUGACAGAUCACUCUUUAAAUCUUUAAAUCUUUAAGCAGUCCGGUAGAGUCAAAAGCCUUUCCCUUGUCCCUCCGAAAGGUAGAUUCCGCCAAAGUUCUCAGGUCAGAAAGAAAACACUUAUUUCAGUUCAAUUUUCCCACGUUUAGCUCCAAAUCUCUAUGCUUUAUUCCAAAUACAAUGCAGGGAAGCGGACUUCCUGUUUGCACUUCCACCGCGGUAGCCAAUUCAGACGUUUUUUUGCAGCUUAAGACUUUUCCGCUUUUACCCAGAUAGUCCAAUUAGUCCAAUUAGUGCUCUUUUAAUCCAAUUCCUUUACUCACGGUUAAAAUUUCAGUCCAAAUGUUCCAGGAAUAAGUCAGCGCUCUCCAGCAACGGCAACACGGCUUCGCUCAGUGGAAGCAGCGAUCCGCUCGCAGCACCGCGCUUCUCCCCCGCUCCCUUCCGAAGCCUCAAAAAAAGGCUUCCUUUUGGGUUGGGGGGGCGCUCCAAGGUGCCCACCGAGCCUCCACGUUCGCAGGCGUCCGCGCCUGCGAUUUCUAAGGGUCCCCGCUUCGCCGGAGCGCACAGGACCCGAUCUCCCGCUGAGCUACCCCCUCCGAAAUCAGAGGAGGUCAGCCAUUGCUGCUGGCGCUAACCGGAAGUCUGCCCUGCUUCGUUUUGAACUCCAAGGCCAAACUUGCCAGUUGUUCCUUUUAUCUCUUGAUUUUAUUUGCAUAUAAGCUAGUAAAUUUGUAUGACAAAUAAAUGAAACAAAUUGCAAGCAAUAUUCUGUAUAUGCCUGUAACACUGAAUGAAAAAGGAUCCUCCUUAGUGUUGGUAACAACAUUAAGCAUAUUUGCCGUUUAAGUCAGUGAGACUUCCAAUAUCAGAAUUGUGGCUGGCUGUCUGAUUUCAGUGGUAACAGUCUUGCAAAGGACUGACACUUCUGCACUUAAAGACAUACUUUGCAUAGAAAUUUAAAUGAAUAUGAUAGACCUGAAUGACAGUCAGAAGGGCAUCUCCAGAUGAUCAAAGUGACCAGGCUGGUGUAUGAGGGACAAGGUCAUGGGCACAUUAGAGUUUUAUAUACUCCACCAGUCAUACCUUGCACUGAGCCUGGUCCUAGCAGUCACCGCAGGGCUUUCUGGAGUGGCUGCAGCCAAAAGCCAGGCUGCUGCAUUCUGCACUAGCUGCGGUUUUGGAACCAACCUCCAGGGCAGCCCUGCAGAGAGAUCAUCACAGCAGUCCAGUCUGGAGGUUACUAUGGGCCUGCGCCACUGUGGCUAUGCUACCUCUGUCCAGGGAUGGCCAUGAUGUGUGUUCCAGCCAAAGCUGGAAGAAGGCAUUCUUGGCCAGGGGGUCUCCAGUGACCAGGAUCUGAGAGGAGCCCAAAUUACGUACCUGCUGCUUCCAGGAGAGGGCAACUCUGUCAAGAGCAGGCAACUUGCCAACCUCCUGAAUUUGGGAACACAUCACCAAAAAGUUAGCAUUGACUUAAAGAUCAAUGCUUUAUUUAUUGGUCUAAUUUACAUCCAAUUAUAUCCAUUCUUCCUUGGCAGCAGGUUCCAUUGAAUUCAGAGCGGGCUAUGCCUAAACAUACUUUCCUAGGAGUAGGCCCCAUUGAAUUCUGUGGGAUGUACUUCUGAGUCAACAUAUGAAGGAAUGAGAUACUAAUUGCAUAAUAGGAGUUUUUCAAGGCUGAGUCUUUCAAUUCUGGUAAUCUAAGAACUAGACAGGCAGGAAGAAAAGAAGAGCCUGGCAAAUCAGGAAGUGUAGAAUGAACAACGGGCAUACUUUAACAAGCAUCAAAAGAAAUGAAGGAAAUAGUUAUCUAAUUAUCUUUUUACAUGUCUUUUUUGUUUUUAAGAGAUGAAAUUGGAUUAAUUCCCUGUCCUGAAGCCAGAUAUAACCGGAGCCCUAUAGUUCUGGUGGAAAACAAACUUGGGGUGGAAAGCUGGUGUGUCAAGUUUCUUUUGCCCUACGUCCAUAACAAACUCCUUCACUACAGACAAAGAAAGCAAUGGCUCAACAAAGAAGGUGAGUAAUUCCAUAAAAUGUGUAUUGUAUGGUGCCCAUCAUUAUUAACUUUCUAUACAAUUGUAAAGGGAGCCAGAACAAGUAGAGGAACUGUUGAAGUUGCAUCUUGAGUGUUGAUUUUGUGCAAGCAUUUUAAAUAAGGUGGGGCUCCUAGAGUGAUGUUCCCACAACACGGUAGGACACAGAGGAGCAAAGUGACUGAGCUCCUCCCCUUGUAAGCCAUAGCUGGACUUACUGUGUCAUUGUGGAUCAUUCUUCACCAUGUAGAGUAGAAAGGUAGCCUAUUGUCUGCUAUAUGCAAAGCAAAGAAACUUACCAGUGCAAUGCAAUGAAAUCCUAACUGUGCCUAUUCAGCUGUAAGUCCUGUUGAAUUUAGUGGGACUUACUUCCAGGUAAGUGGAGUUAGGACAGAAGCUUUAAUAAUAAAGUUUUAAAAAUAUGUAUGGACUUUCUGGAACAGAAAUAUUUAGAGGGCUUGACACCUAAGAACUGGAAAUAUUUUUUAUUUCCAUGAAUUGCUGGCUAUCAUGAAGGUCAACAAGUCAAUUGAGCUUCAUUAAAAUGUGAACUUUUGCAGUUGCCAUUAGUAACAGAUUGAGCAAAAUCAAUCUCAGUAGCCUGAAGACAGAUACAGACUUGAAUUCCAACUAGUCCUCUGCAACAGCUCCUUCUGGUCAUGGUGGGAACUGGAAUUCAGGCACGUGGCAGCAUUUUUUGCCUACUUUCCCUUUUUGCUGCUGCAUCCUGUUCUGCCUCUCAUUCUGCUCUGGAGUCUGGAGGUUGCCCAAUCCUCAAGCAAAGGGGAGAUGAGUGAAAGUCAUCUCCUCAUUUCCAUUCACAGGAUCUAAGUGCUUUGGUCCUUAUCACCAUCUGUAAACCCCUCUUGACAAUGUGGCAGUUAGGCUACCAUGUCUAUCAACUGACUAAAUGGAUGCUUCUAUAAACUGCUUUGAGGUUUGAGCAGUAUAUAACUUGUAUGAAAUAAUAAAUAAAGACACAUUUGCAGAGGAAAACUGCAUUCUCUGUUAGUACCAUACUGUCAACACAUUAGUGUCAGAAAAAGCAGGAAUCAUGUAGUGCAGACCACAAUCAACCUCCUCCUCCUCCUCAUUUUUAAUUUGUAUACCGCCUUUCUAUCUUACAAUACUCAAGGCGGUUUACAAGCUGAAGAAACAAAAAAUGUACAUCUUAUAACAAUCUUAAUGCAAUACAAAAAUGUGAUAAUAAAACAUAACUUUAAAAUAAACAACCUCCAUCAAAAAAGUCACAACAAUCAUUAGAAUAGUAUAAAAUAAUAAUAUCAACAUAUAAAAGUCAAACAGAAAUCCACUCAACAGUUACAAUAAUAUCUAAACUAUAAUCAAUAAAACAACGGCAAGCCACAGUACAUAAAACAAUACAAUACACAUUGAGAAGCAAAGGGUAGAGCCAGGCAGGUGGAAAGAGGCCUUGCCUGAUGGAGUCCCUCCCCUCACAGUUCUUCCUCCAGGAACAGCUCCCUUAGGAGGACUCCUAGGGCCGGAGGGUGGGGCAAGGCAGGUGGGAGGAGGCCUGUUCAAUAAACACCUCAAACUCACUUCCACAGAGCUCUGAUGUGGGGUUGGCGAAAGGGGAGUGUGUCUGCUGCUGUUGGAAGGAGAAAAAAAAUGCCUGUAUUGGGGGAUGAAGGGGUGUGCUUCUGUCCUUUGCAACCCCCUUAUGCUGCUGACACGGCUGCUGCUAUGAGAAGAAGAAGAAAAGUCCUGAAUUUUAAAAUACAAACAUUUUCCUGUCCUUUCUAGAGCAGCUGUGGCAGCAGAAUUGGAAGGGAGAAUGGACAAGGUGAGACUUUGUCCCCUUUGUUCCCCUUCCUCCCCUCCGCCCCCCGCCCUGCACCAAAGGUUUAAUGGGGCUUGGCCUGUCUUGCCUGGUCCUCUGUGGGUCACUAGCUGUGCCUGUACUGCUCACUUGCUCUGCUGGGCUUUUAUCCAUUUCUCCAGUCACACAAUCAAUCAAUCAAUCAGUAGCUGAACUGGGAUCCGCACAGUCACAAAAACAAAUUAACCGAAAAAGCCUCAAUAAUUAGGAGACAGCCAACCCAAAGGUACAAAAAUGAAUGGGAAAUUUAUAAAGAAUAUUUAAUUAAACAUUGUCCACAAGUGAAAAUCUGGACAUGUUUUGACUAAACUCCGCAAACUGCAAGUUAGAUUAAGAAUAAUGAGAUAAAAUAGAAGAAAGAAAUUGAGAUAAGGAAUACUGAAGCAGUGAUAAUAAAAAGGGGGGAAAGGAUGAACCCUCACCUCAAUGAAGAAGUUGGAAUUCAUAUGGAGGAAUUAAGAAUUUGUGAAUUAAGAAAAAGACUUAAACAACAACAUUCCUCUCUUAGGAAUUUAAGGAUUUGUAUAUUUUGGUUUAUUUGGAAAUUUGUUAUUUCUUUUGUGUUUUAUUUGGAAUGUAUAAUUUGUGUCAUGUUGGAAAUUCAAUGAAAAGCAUAAAAAAGGGGGGAACAAAAAAACAAAAACGCAAAAUAGCAAAAACAAAAGCGCCAAACUUAAUCCGUUCUGGAAGUCUGUUUAACUUCUGAAAUGUUUGAAAACAAAGGCGCAGCUUCUGAUUGGUGCAGGCACCCUGGAAGCAAUAGUUGACAACUGCAUCAGACAUUUGGCUUCCAAAAAAUGUUCGAAAACAGGAACACUUGCUUCAGGGUUUUUGGCAUUUGGGAACCAAAGCAUUUGAGGACCAAGGUACCACUGUAUUGAUAACAUACUACUUUUGUUUUGAUUGCAAUCAUCUUCAUGCUUUCCCAUUGCCUGUGGAUUUAUCUAACUGAAACAACACUUCAUAGAAAUUGGUCCCAUUGAUUCACCAAACUAAGAUUUACAAGGAGAUGGAUUAACAGAACAGGGAUUUCUAAAUGUGCACCUUCCCAAUCAUUUUAGAGCUCUAACAACUCUAGGAAAAUGGGAAAUGUCACUUCGGAUCAGACAUUUGUUAUUGGAGAAACAGCAUGUUGAAGCUGUGGGAUGUCUUUGGGAAAAGAGUAAGGAUGCAUUUUACUGGUCUUUAAAAAUUUGACAUUAUUUCCUGAUAUUUCUAAACAUCCUGCUGUGUGUUUGUUAAACUAACUAGUCAGAUUAAUCUCUCAUAGGGUUUCAUUUUUGCUUUUCGAGUUACAGUCGUACCUUGGAUCUCAAAUGCCUUGGCUCCCGAACAAAUCGGUUCCCGAACGAUCAAAACCUGGAAGUGAGUGUUCCAGUUUUCAAAUGAUUUUCGGAAGCCGAACAUCCAGCACGAGUGUCUUGCAGCCAAUCGGAAGCCGCGCCUUGGUUUUCGAACAGUUCCGGGAGUCGAAUGGACUCCCAGAACACAUUCUGUUCGAGAACCAAGGUAUGAGUGUAUUUAUAUCCUGCUUUUAGCAGACUCCUAUCCAAAGGACUGGUCAAUCCACAGCUGGUUAGCUUAAGCGAUGUCAUAGCAUCAGAUGUGCCUAAACCACCAUAAGGUUUCAUUUUUAAAAAGGCCCAUUACUGAAUAACCUAAAAUUUUACAUUAUUGUGUACAUCUGUCAGGGAUGAUUUGUGGGUGCUAGCCGAGAUAACAACCCGGGAUUCCAGCCAGCUUUUACAAGAUUUAUUAAGUCCAAAAACUAUGUACAGUACAGAGCUCUUAAAAGCAUGUCUUCCUCAGUCGCUAUCAGUUGCCGGAAGUGGCUCCUGCCUCUUCCCUUUCCAGCAUAGAAACUUCCUGAGCCCCCCCCUUCCCCCUCUCCCUACGUAAAGACCGAAGUGUCGGAGGCUGUUCCUUUCCCUCCGUUUCCUGACAGCCCCUCCUCCUUUUCUCUCUGACGAAGUGAGGCUGCUCAUUAAAGGAGGCGGCUCCCGGUACAUUCCGAUCUCUCCCCCCUUCUCAGCCAACAGAUCCCUGACACAUCUGCUAGCAGAAAUUACGCUGCAAAUAUGGAUAAAAUAUGCAUAUUUUGUUCGAAUUCCCACCCACCCUAUCCUGGAGUCUUAAACUGGGUUACAGCAUUCUAAACCCAAGUAUAUUAAAAUCUCUUGAAAAAUAUAAGAUUGCAGAAUACAUUUCCUUCAAAAGAGACAAAAAACUUUUGAUUCCUGAGUAUGCUAAAGCUCAGCAAAUAACAGCUCAGCAAGAUUAAAAUAUUGUUUCUUGCCAUCUGUUACGCUACUGUCUAGAUUUAAACUUAUGUGCUAUAACCAGUUUGUUAAAGGGUUUAAGAUGACAAAAAUAUGUUAGCACACUAUACAAAAUUAUAGCCUUAUGUGCACCAAGGUUCAUAAUUCUCUUAGAUCUAGGCAACAUUUCAUACACUCUAAUUGGAUAAUUCCUGUUGCUUUUCUACAUUCUGGCUUUUUAUUAUUGAAAGUGUUAACUGCAUUAACUUCCCUUGGAGACCUCUUUCUAAUUUGUUGCUGUACUGUGGUCUCAUCGAUUGACCUGGUUUUGAGUUAAAUAAACCAACCGCUAUAUAGGAGAAGUAAUAGAUAGUUCUGGCACAGUCCUCUGCUGGGUAUCUGGUAAUUAAUUAUACUUCUGGCAGAAUCCCACAACAAGUAAGGACAUUCUAAUCCACAACAGAUAAUAGAUAGGUGCUGAAUUUCUUCCCACCUAGGAGAGGGAGACUCACUGAGAGGGUCAGAAAAAUACGUUUGGGAUUAAUCCUCUCAUUAAUCUUUCUUAGUACAAUAGUUGCUUAUAGCUCAACAUUUGAAUUGAAAACAAGUUUGAGGCAAUCUAAAUGUACCGUUUUUGAUUCAUCCUUUGUAUUCCCAAUUUUAUAUCUCCAGUCAGUAAUGACUUAGGUUUGUGUAACACCAAACUCGGGUAUUGUACACUACGGGAGUUCCCCUCUCCCUUCUGGUAGCUCACCGAUAAGAAUUAGCGAGCAACUGGUAGAUUUAUAGCCUUUUUAUUACAGUAUCAUGUUGCAAACACAUAUUAGCAUCUCUCUGCAAGGAUAGACGUUGCUCUCUCAGGAUCACACUUCAAAACGACCUUGACAGAUUAGAGAACUGGGCCAAAACAAACAAGAUGAAUUUUAACAGGGAGAAAUGUAAAGUAUUGCACUUGGGCAAAAAAAAGGAGAGGCACAAAUACAAGAUGGGUGACACCUGGCUUGAGAGCAGUACAUGUGAAAAGGAUCUAGGAGUCUUGGUUGACCACAAACUUGACAUGAGCCAACAGUGUGACGCGGCAGCUAAAAAGCCAAUGCAAUUCUGGGCCUCAUCAAUAGGAGUAUAGCAUCUAGAUCAAGGGAAGUAAUAGUGCCACUGUAUUCUGCUCUGGUCAGACCUCACCUGGAGUACUGUGUCCAGUUCUGGGCACCACAGUUCAAGAAGGACACUGACAAACUGGAACGGGUCCAGAGGAGGGCAACCAAAAUGGUCAAAGGCCUGGAAACGAUGCCUUAUGAGGAACGGCUAAGGGAGCUGGGCAUGUUUAGCCUGGAGAAGAGGAGGUUAAGGGGUGAUAUGAUAGCCAUGUUCAAAUAUGUAAAAGGAUGUCACAUAGAGGAGGGAGAAAGGUUGUUUUCUGCUGCUCCAGAGAAGCGGACACGGAGCAAUGGAUCCAAACUACAAGAAAGAAGAUUCCACCUAAACAUUAGGAAGAACUUCCUGACAGUAAGAGCUGUUUGACAGUGGAAUUUGCUGCCAAGGAGUGUGGUGGAGUCUCCUUCUUUGGAGGUCUUUAAGCAGAGGCUUGACAACCAUAUGUCAGGAGUGCUCUGAUGGUGUUUCCUGCUUGGCAGGGGGUUGGACUCGAUGGCCCUUGUGGUCUCUUCCAACUCUAGGAUUCUAUGAUUCCUCCCCCCUCACUUCAGCUGCAAGAAGUGCGACAACGGAUGUCUCUCCUCCCCUGCAUCUCUGUUGUUCUCUGACAUACCUCUGAGUUCGGGGGGGGAGGGGGUGCCCCCCACUCUCUAGUGAUGUAUCAGCCAGCUGCUCCCUCCCUUCUGGUUGCUUAGCAACUACCUCAAAGCUGGGUAGCUCUGGGUCUGCCUGUUUCUCUGCUUCUGGAAAUGCUGAAAGCAAAGGGGGCGAAUAGUCCCCCUUCUCUUCUGUUAGAUGCUGAUCUCCCUGCCUUUCCCAAUCCUUGUCUUCAGAGUAUUCUCUGACAGGUAUUAUGCAUGUAAGUGUACUAAAAUUUAUUUCCCUUUUAAUCCAGAGGGACUGGUGAUAAUAUGAUGCAUAUUUCAGACCAUUUGCAAAAGUAGAUGAAACUGGAUUACAGGUGCUCCUCAUAAGGGAAGCGGUGGCCAAUUGUGUGAAAAUGUUAUAUAGUUAGGAAAUUAUUCCUUUCCCACUGGGUUGGUAGGAAAAAAAGAUUGUUCACAGUUGUUUAGGAUGGGAAGUACCUGAAACUGAGCCUUAGGCUUGACUGUUACAUAUUUAGGGUAGUUAUAUUGAAGCUGGCAAAACCCUCAAAAUCUUGCUUAGCCACCCAGUGAAGAAAAGUACAUCAGCUCUUGCAUUUUUGUUCUGCUUAAACUACCAUUUCCCAUAACCCCUGAAUCUGUAAACCUAUCUGAGUUCUUUAACAACUCUCACAUCGUCACCCAGCAAUUACAACAACAUUACAUUUAGGUAGGUAGUUGUGUUGGUCUGACGCAGUCAAAAUAAAAAUAAAAAAUUGUCCAGUGGCACCUUAUAGACCAACUACGUUUGUUCUGGUAUAAGCUUUCGUGUGCAUGCACGCUUCUUCAGAUACCUGUUACAUUGAGCUGCAUGAAAUGGAAGUCCAUCAGUAUCUGAAGAAGUGUGCAUGCACACGAAAGCUUAUACCAGAACAAACGUAGUUGGUCUAUAAGGUGCUACUUAAGGGACAUGGGUGGCGCUGUGGGUUAAACCACAGAGCCUAGGACUUGCCGAUCAGAAGGUCGGCGGUUCAAAUCCCCGCGACGGGGUGAGCUCCCGUUGCUCGGUCCCAGCUCCUGUCAACCUAGCAGUUCGAAAGCUGUCAAAGUGCAAGUAGAUAAAUAGGUACCGCUCCGGCGGGAAGGUAAACGGCGUUUCUGUGCGCUGCUCUGGUUCGCCAGAAGCGGCUUAGUCAUGCUGGCCACAUGACCCGGAAGCUGUACGCCGGCUCCCUCAGCCAAUAAAGCGAGAUGAGUGCCGCAACCCCAGAGUCGGUCACGACUGGACCUAAUGGUCAGGGGUCCCUUUACCUUUACUAAGGUGCUACUGGACAAUUUUUUAUCAUUACAUUUAUUUAUUUACCAAUUUGCACUUUGAAGAUGAGAGGAGGUGACUGUACAAUUCUUAAGUGUAUUGCUGGGAAAUUUAUUAUUUAGGAUAUUUCAUACACUGGAGCUCAGUCAAUGGAUAAACUGAAUGAUUUGCUUUCUCUCUCACAAGUUCUGGAUUAUUCAGCAAAAUUACCUACUUUCAUCUCAGUUUCUGAUCCAUAUGGCUGCCCCCACAUCUCUUUGUUUUGCCUUGGUGUGAAUUUAUCUUAUUUCUUAUGCCAAUGUGGGUUGUAACAGAGCUGCAGUUAUAACUCAAAUCACUCUUUCCCCCUGUUAUUAACUCAAAAGGGCAGCAUCACUAUGUUAGCUAGAGUUCCUUUACUAUAAAAUAAAAUAUUUUUUCUUUCUUGCCCGUUCUGUGUUAAAGUAUUUUUACUCUCUGCCGAUGAUAAGAUAGAUUCAGGUAGGUAGCCGUGUUGGUCUGACGCAUUCGAAACAAAUAAAUAAAAUGUAUAAAUUGUCCAGUAGCACCUUAAAGACCAACUUAGUUUGUUCUGGGUAUAAGCUUUCGUCUGCAUGCACACUUCUUCAGAUACACUGAAACAGAAGUCACCAGACCCUUAUAUAUAUUGGGAGGGUGGGGGGGUGUUCUCAGAAGGGUAGUAGGAGAUGGGUGAUUGACUCAAUGGGUAUGGUAAACUUGUUGGACUGUUAACAACUGCCAUGAUAACAUAGUCUUACUUUAUUAUUCUGCACAGUUAACCCACUUUUUCAGUUUUCCCUACAAAGCACAUUGCCUGUCUUUCCUCUGCUUCUCAUAGUGUACUCCACAGGAGCCAACUCCUAGGGGCCAAGAUCCCUUCCCCCCCAAAUAUUUGAGGAGGCUCCCCCAAAGUUGAUGGGCAUUGCCACUCAAAUGGUGUGCAUGUGCCAUGGCUUACCUGCUCCCUCCCCAUAUUUUAUUCAAGUUGGCACCCUGGUGUACUCUGUCCUCUUGUUUCCUUUCCCAAAGCUCUUUCUGUAGCCUAAUUUCUUCUCCCUCUUUUCUUCCAUCCCUUGCUCUGCUCUCCCCUCCUCUUUUCAAUCUUCUAGUUUUGCUCCGUUUCCGUACCACCAUUCUUCAUCCUCACCAAGACUUCAUCUUCGCUGGACAUUUAAAGCAGCACCAGCCACUUCAGAGUCCUGGGAACUGCCGUUUGUUCAGGGUGCUGAGAGUUGUUAGGAGGCUCCGUACCCCCCAUAGAGCUCCAGUUCCCAGAGUUCCCGGUGAAAAAGGAUUGACUGUUAAACCACUGUGGGAAUUGUAGCUCUGUGAGGGAAAGAGGUGUCUCCUCAUUACUCCUGGCACCUUUAACAAACCACAGUUCCCAGGACUCUUUGGGGAAGCCAUGAUAGUGCUUUAAAGGUAUUCUGCAGAUGGUGCCGGAGGUUCAUAGCAGCAGCAGCAGCAGCAGCAGCACCACUAAAGGCUUUCUUCCUCCAGUUCUUCUCUUCUUUCAGGAUUCAUACAAUGUGGGAGGGUUGGACUUGCAGCAGAGCUGGUUGCCCUGAACUGGGAAACUAGCACCCAAUCUCCCCAGGCACCUCCACUUCCAAGGACAGAAGGAGAAAUCUAAACUUAGUGCUGCGUGGGCAUUUUCCCACUUGCGUUUGGGAUUGGCUUUUGAGAGGCUAUAGGCUCUCUUUUCAUUUUAAAUCAACAUCAUGGGGAAAACUCCAGUAUUGCUUUUUGUGACAUCCCUUUGGUAAUGUGGGAAGCUCCAGGCUUUGUGGGGAAAGUGCUGCCAUCCCCAUGCUGGUGCUUAGAUGCUGCUUGGACUACAACUUCUGUAAGCUCUGACCAUUGGUCAAAUUGACCUGGACUGAUUGGAGUUGUAGUUCAAAACACCUGGAAAGUACCAAGUUAGGAAGGAAGAAACAUGCCAGUAUCACCCUUCCAAGUGUUAGGAAUAAGAGUGCAGGAAAAAGUUGUGCCAGCAUAAUGUUAGAUGAGGACUUUAGGUGUUCCUACAAACAGGUGGAAAAGAUUGCCAAACAAGGAGUGUUUGAAAUUUCCAUGGGGACAACAAACAGUCACGAUGGAGGCCAGAAUCAGCCCGCAGGUUUUGUGUUGUGCAGUAGAGUAACAAAAAAUAGUAAUUGUCAACUGCAGUUCACUCUUCUGUAAUUGCUACCAUCUGCUGGCACAUUUUUAGCAAUCAACUAGCCCUCAAACCAAAAUUGUUCAGUCUGGGAAUGCUAUUUGUUUUUCAGUGCAAUUGCUUAAAUGAAUCAGUUUGCUUGAAUUUUCUAAAUAAGCACAUGCCCCCUCCCCCCAAAAAUUGAGAAUUUGCAGUUGGGGAAGAUGUGAGAGUGUUGGUGGGCUCAUAUGUAGCUAGCGAAGCUAAACAGGGAGUACCGUAUUUUUCGCUCUAUAGGACGCACCAGACGAUAGGACGCAUCUAGUUGGGGGGGGGGGGAAACAAGGGGGGGGGAUUCUGAAUCCCAGAAGCCAGAACAGCAAGAGGGAUCUGGCUUCUGGGAUAGCCUCUUGCUGUUCUGGCUUCUGGGACAGCCCACGAAGCCUCUGGAGGGCAACGGAAUGAAGGCACCCCGCUGCCCUGCGGAGGCUUUGCGCAGCUAACCCCGAAGCCUUUGGAGUGCAGCGCGAGGUCCCGCUGCGCUCCAAAGGCUUCAGGCAGCUAUCCCUGAAGCCUGGAGAGCGAGAGGGGUCGAUGCACACCGACCCCUCUUGCUUUCCAGGCUACAGCGAAAGCAACGUGUAGCCUCCGGAACGUGGAGGGAGCGUUCCCUUUGCCCUUUGGAGGCUUCGUGUUGCUUUCGCUGAAGCCAAGGAGCCUGCAUUCGCUCCGUAGGACGCACAAACAUUUCCCCUUAAUUUUUGUUUUUGUUUUUGUUUUAAUUUCUCUUUAUUAAUUUUCAUACACACAUAUACACACAUAUGUACAGAAAAUAAAUUCUUCACGGAAAAAAACAACAAUAAUAAGAACAACAUAACUUAAUUAUAAGAAACAAAACAAAACAAAACAAAACAAAGACAAACAUGUAAAUUAUUGACUUCCCUCCACCUCAGUUUUGGGUUAUGUAAUACAUUUUUCCCCGCAGUUUUUCUUUAAAACUUUUGUAUGUCGAAGGGUUAUAUUAAGCCUACUGUGAUCUUUGGAUUUUUAAAUCUACUUCAAUAUAGGUUAUGAAUUUAUUCCAUUCUUUAAUAAACUUUGUUUCUUUCUGGUCUCUAAUUUUUUGUGUUAAUUUUGCCAAUUCUGAAUAUUCAAAUAAUUUACUUUGCCAAUCUCUUACUGUUGGGAUAUUGAUUGAUUUCCAAUUUGGGGCGAUUAAAAUUCUAGCAGCUGUUGUUGUGUACUGGAAUAAGGUCUGGUCCUCUUUCUUAAUUUCAUUGCCAAUCAUUCCCAGAAGAAAAUUUUCAGGUUUUUUAACAAAAGUAUAUUUAAACAAUUUUUUUAGUUCAUUAUAAAUGAGCUCCCAGAAGUUCUUGAUUUUUUCACAAGUCCACCACAUGUGGUAGAAACUACCUUCCUUGUUUUUACACCUCCAGCACAUUUUAUCUCCAUUCUUAUAGAUUUUUCCUAAUUUUACAGGUGUGAUGUACCAUCUGUACAUCAUUUUUUCCAUGUUUUCUCUUAAGGCAACACAAGCAGUGAACUUCAUAUCUUUAUUCCAGAGCUUAAUCCAACUAUCGUAUUCCAUCCCCUUAAUUUUUGGAGGGGAAAAAGUGUGUCCUAUAGAGCGAAAAAUACGGUAGUUUUAUCUAUGUGUUAUGUUUGUAUCCUGUCUUCCCUUUGCUCAGGAGCUCAGAAUGCUGUUUUAAGAUUAGGGUAAACUGAACAAUUUAGCACAGAAGCUUUGUAGUUUCAUAGCAAAGUCAGGUAUCAAAAGUUAUUUUGGAAAGAAGUAGGGAGUAUGACAUCUUGUUUGCUAGCUGUAGCAUGUGUUCUGAAGCUGCAAAAUUUUGGCGCUGAAAUGGAGAGAAGGAUGCCAAGGUGCAUGGUGUCCACAUGGACUUCUCACCAGGGUUAAUUCAAAAUUAAAGUGCCCCAGUUAUUUAUCCAAUCCCCUUUUUCUUUGUUGCAGAGAUACUCUCUGGGUUUGGAUGGGGGGAUGAGGUCUGCGUGUGUUGUGUGUUAUAUUGCUAGCAUGUUAAAUCAGGACAGUCUUGAUCACCCUGGUGCCCUCCAGUUGUUUGGGGCUGCAACUUCCACCAGCCCAAAUCAGUCUGGUUAAUGGUCAGAGAUUAUGGGAGUUCUAGCCCAAAAUGUCUGGAGGGCGCUUAGGUUGGGGAAGGCUGAUUUAGAAAAACAUGAUAGCAGCACUGCUUAGAGAUGAUAGUAGUUAAGUGGUAUGUACAUUGUUUAAAAUAGUAGUUGUAGUAAUGUUGUUUAGUCGUUUAGUUGUGUCCGCCUCUUCGUGACCCCAUGGACCAGAGCACGCCAGGCACUCCUGUCUUCCACUGCCUCCCGCAGUUUGGUCAAACUCAUGUUUGUAGCUUCAAGAACACUGUCCCACCAUCUCGUUCUCUGUCGCCCCUUCUCCUUGUGCCCUCCAUCUUUCCCCACAUCAGGGUCUUCUCCAGGGAGUUUUCUCUUCUCAUGAGGUGGCCAAAGUAUUGGAGCCUCAGCUUCAGGAUCUGUCCUUCCAGUGAGCACUCAGGGCUGAUUUCCUUCAGAAUGGAGAGGUUUGAUCUUCUUGCAGUCCAUGGGACUCUCAAGAGUCUCCUCCAGCACCAUAAUAGUGGUUGUAGUAAUAAUAAAUAAAUAAAUGUCACAUGAGGAACUGAAGUGGGCAUGAAGACAUAAUUAAUACUAACUUAUGCAGGUUUUGAUGGGUUUCUUCUUUCCUUUCUAGAGCUGAUAGAUAUCACCUGUACGUUGCUGCUAUUGAACCCAGAUUUCACUACUGCAUGGAAUGUCAGGUAGGUUAAGCAGCUGAGGAUGGAAAUAUUUCUGGUAGCUGCCUUAAGUCUGUGUGAGGCAUACGCAUGGUUUUAAGCAUACCAGCUCGUGUGCUUCAGGAAAGCUUUUAAUCCUGCUUCUCCUUUUUCUUUUCUUUCCUGACACCCAAGGAAGAGCUUGUAUUUUGAACAAUGAGCUAUGGCUGUUGGUUGCAUUCAUCUCUUGGUUUCUGACUCAUUAUGGAAAUGUUGGGGAUUUUUAAACAAUUCCCAGCUACACAGCAAAUGAAUGUGAAAAGCACAGGAUCAGUUGUUUGUUCCACUUUAGUCCACGCUGCAGGCUUCGUUUUAAUGUAUCCUUAGUUGCACUUGCUUUUUGAUAAUGAAGUGCAGGUUCAGACAAUCACAUUGUGGCUUAUUCAGUUGAGAAGUGCACAACUCAUUGGAAGGGGGAGGGCCAUGUAUUCCACCGUGAGCUGCCUGGAGGAUAUUAUUAUUAUAAAUAAAACAGAAAUACAUUCACCUUUUGAGACAAGAGAAAGCCACAAGAAAUACCUCAAGGCAAGUGGGGAAGACUUCCCUUUUACUGCUUCCUCUCCCACUCUAAAUAAAAAUGCAUGAAGCCUGUGUAAAACAGCUCAUGAAGCAAGUGGGGAAGGCCUUCCAGUUUCCUGUUCUCUCCUUCUCUCAAAAUGUCCUGCAAAGCUAGAAAAAUGGGGAGGUGGGUGCCCCACUGCUUGUCUAUGCUGCCCCCCAUUCUAAGUCAAUAAAAGGUGGAACAUAGCCCCUGCAACACCUCUCCCCCUUCCCAAAUAAAAAUGCCUUUCAGUGAUAGAAAAAGCAGGAAGGCAAACCACAAGGAUAUAGGCAAACCACCCUUGCUGCUUACCUGUCUCCCAGAGUAGGGCAGAAGUUGACUGCUUAACCAACUGGAGUGGAAGGAAAGGAUGAGUCCUUCCAACUCUAGGAACUGCUCUUCGGUGCUGGGCAAUAUGACGCUCCCUAGAAGGUACCAGUACAUUUGGCUCCAUGACUGUUUUCUCAGGAGCACGAGAGAUAUUCAGCAUUGAGCUAAAGCAGUCGUUCCAUCAGGGCAAGCAUUCUGCUUGCCAGGCAGAAUGAUCCCCACUCUCCUCCCCAUACAUGCUGGUCUGGGUGUUCUCAUGACCCCUGUGAGCCAAUUUCAGGACAUCUGUGGAUUAGUUGAAUCCUGCCAUUAUUAUUUAGGGAAGUUUUUAAUGUGUGACAUUUUAAUGUAUUUUUAAUCUUUGUUGGAAGGAGCCCAGAGUAAAUAAUAAAUUAUUAUUAUUAUUUUAAUAUAUUAUUAAUAUUAAUAUAUUAUUAAUUGUUAUUAAUGUUAUAAUAUAUUAUAAUGUUAAUAUUUUUAAAAACCAAAAGCUGAAGAACCUGGGGCUCCUGAAGGCAACCCCUGUACUAGUGUAAUAUGUUUGUAACACCCAGUCCUAGUUAGCAGCCUUGCAGCCAUAUUCUGUAUCAGCUGAAGUUUCCGGAUCAUUUUCAAAGGCAGCUCAACAUAUGGUGCAUUACAGUAAUUCACAUGGGAGCUUUCCAGGGCAUGGGACAAGGCUAUUCCUGUCCAGGUAGCAUUUUAGUUGGUGCUCCAGCCUCAGCUUCAAAAAGGUACUCCCAUCCUCAGCAGCUAUUUGUGACCAGUGAGCAUCCAAACUGCAACUUUAGAGGCAGCAUGGCCUCUUCCAUACCAGGCUGAACUUCAUUUACCUAGACUAUAAAUUUAAAGCAGUAGUAUUAGAAAUACUCCCAAAUGAGAAUCAUGGAAUCGUAGAAUUGUAGAGUUGGAAGGGGCCCUGAGGGUGCAGCCCCCUGCAAUGCAGGGAUCAUUUGCCCAGUGUGGGGCUCAAACCCUGAGACUGGCUCAUUCUCGACUGACUGAACUAUCCUAGGUUUUCCCUCAGGAUGAUAGUUUCUGUAGUACUUUUCUGAAUGUAGCAUUAUUAUUCUUGCAACAGCAUUUUGCAUUGUUUAAAACCGAGAUAGAGCACCUUGAGCAAGACUUCCAGGGAGCACUCUUGGUGGGUAAAUUUGAACCUUACUUUUUGGUGAGCAGUGGAACUAUAUACGGUCCCAAAACACUAAGCACACAGGUUAUUUGUUUUGUUCAACCCAGUUUAAUUCAUCAAUAGAUGAACACACACACAAAGUCAAGUAUGAAUAUUUGCAUUCCUUACCAAAAUUCUUUGUUCUGGCUCUGACCAAUCCCUGGAGAGUGCAGAACGUACCUUGCCUUCCAGCUUGAAAUCUGAGAAGGACCAUGUGCAGGGAUGUGAGUAUGGUCUUGUAUAGAUCAAUUCCAAUAUUCUUUUCUUCAUUCAAUGAAGGUCAUUCACUUGUUCUUCCUUAAACAGAUUUGCCUAAUUUACAUCAGCCUCAACUCAUCCUCUGCCAACCAAGCCCUUGACUUCUAACACAAUGAAGCAAAUAAUAUAUUUCAAGUUCAACCAAGAUGAAGGCUACGUAGUUCCUAGAGGCAGCCAUUACAGGGGUGUAUAGGAGAGGGAGUACAGGACCUCUCAAUCAGCUCCAUUGAAAGACCAGCAACUUUGGGGGCGGGGAGUCAUCAAUCUUUGGAAUUCAUUAGACCCUUAAUCCAAAGCUCUCAAGCAGGUAUUAUUAUUAUUAAAAAGAUUUGUUGGUAAUUACAUUCUUUAUUUCAGCCCAAAGACCCACAAAAACAUUUUCAAAAGCAAAAUAAAACAGAAAUACAGGGGAAAGAUUCCAAGGUGGUUGCUAUGUUUUAUCCAACGCAUGUAGGUUUCUGUUUCUUAAAAAGAUUUGUAGUUGCUAGAGAUAAAGCUAGGAAGACAAAUCAUAACAUCUCUGUGGAUGCAGGGGGGUGGGACCCCAGAAGAGCUUCUUAGUCCAAAGUAUUUCCCCCUUAGCUAUGAAGUCUUGUGAAAAAUCUUUACUGUCUUUCUAAAAUAUCAUGAACAGCAGAAUGUAGUGUAAUUUAUUUAAUCUAAACUUAGUUACAUUAAAACUAGUGUUUUAGUUCCUCACCUUAUUUUUUUUAAUGCCAUUUUUGUCCAGCUCCUAUUGCACAGCCAUUUUAACAGGUAAAGCUGUGCAAGGAGAAAGAGUUAUCACCUUUCUCCUUGUGGGGCCACUGGAGUGGUGGAGAAGCGAAUGAGCUGUGAUUGAUUCAAUUCAUAUAUCAUCUCAAUCACAAAUCUUGCUAAAUGUCCUUGGACAAAGCAAUAGCCCUAAACCUCUCACCACCCCUCAAUCUGCAAUACAAGGAAGAACUUCCUGACAGUCAGAGCUGUUUGACAGUGGAAUUUGCUGCCAAGGAGUGUGGUGGAGUCUCCUUCUUUGGAGGUCUUUAAGCAGAGGCUUGACAACCAUAUGUCAGGAGUGCUCUGAUGGUGUUUCCUGCUUGGCAGGGGGUUGGACUCGAUGGCCCUUGUGGUCUCUUCCAACUCUAUGAUUCUAUGAUUCUAUCAUUCUAGGAUUGUAAUAGUACCUCACUGUACAAUGCUCUUGUAAGGUUUACUUGAUCAUGUGUGUGAAGGACUUUGAACAGUGAACAUGAGUAAGGCAAGGUAUUUUGUUAUGCCUGUAAAAACCAGAUUCAUAAGAAGUGUACUUGAAGAAGUAAUAUCAGUGACAUUGCUUCUCUGCUUAGUUGAAGCAGGAGAGAGUGGAUGAGACCCAAUCUGACUUUUUCACAUGAGGCAUACAAUUAUUUUUCACAUGAGGCAUACAAAAAUAGCUUGGUCCUGCAAUUCCUCUCACCUGGAUUUUUGUUUGGCUACUCUAGACUUCAAACUUCCUCAGACCCAAGAUCCACCUUUUAACCCUAACAUGCAUUUGAGGCCCCAUUUCUUAACUUUCUGCCAAACAUUUACAUAGAGACCGUGCUGCUGCUGUUGUGUCUCACUUUGGACCUGGUCAUGGGUCCUGACCCACCAGUUGCAGCCCAAUGCUCUCCAUCAGUCAUUGAGACCCCUAAUGGAACCCAUGACCACCUUGGAGACCAUUAACACAUCCUAAAGCUUUAUAAUUGAUUUUAGUACUUUUGGUUGUAUGCUUUGCCAGAUGGGAUAUUAUGGGCUGCAUCCCAUGCUGCAGCUCAGCUUGCACAAGAGAGCUUCCUGUUGCUCUCCUUUUCUCUCCAGCCCCACACAUGCUUCCAAAAUCAGCACCAGGAGGUUGGGGUUCCCUCUGGAGCAGAUUUUGGGAGCACACAUGGGGAGGAGAGGAAAUGGAAGCCCCAUUGGAAACAACCCUAGAUCUGUUCUUAUUCUGUGUGUAGGACUGUGCCUCAAUCAAUGGCUUUGGGGAGUAUCUAUUAUCCUAUCCUCCUUCUGUGCCCCCUCCAGUUCUAUAAACCAUGAUUCUCCUAACCUGUCAUUCUGCACCCAUAGUUUAUGCAGUGGAACCAAAAGGUUUCUUUACCUAGUGUAGUCAUCUGCAGCCCUUGUCAUGUUAAUAAAGUGCCUUAGAGUUGAACUGAUAUGAUUUCUUUGUACAAGCGUUGCAGUUUCAUAGCUCAGUAUCACUGGAUGCUGCAACAGGAGUAAUGAACUGAGUUUCUUCUGUGGAAUAACAUUUGCAUGAAAGGCAUUCUGUGAAAGGAUUCUUCAGUGGAGAUUGGUCCUAGGAAGGAUUUAUACAAACAGCAAUGCAGGCCAUGAAUAGGUUAAAUUUGAGUCUUGAUAAUCUUGCUGGGUUUUGCUAAGAGGCUGGCAAUCAAGUGUUCUUCAGUAAUAAGCAUAAUAAGCAUAAGUGCUUGCAGGUAGAGCUUGGCAUUUCAGAUUCUCCACCAGGGCUGCUCUGUCUUUCUUUCAUCUUCCCAAAGGUAACUUCCAGCUGUUAGAUGCAUCAGCUUCUCAGCGGAUGAUCUGGCUUGGUCCUGGCUAGCAGGAAGCCAAACUGUAUACAAAUAUAUGAAGCCAAGGAACAAAUGCCCCUAAUAAUCCUAAUUAGUUUUCCAUCUUUGAAGUUCAAGGUCGGGAUAGAUUUGAUUGCCUUGCUGCACUUCAUUCUUCACAUAAAAAUGAAAGCUGAAAUAGAGAGCAAAAUAAUCUGCAGCUUGUUGGGUAGGAUAAGUGCAUUAACAGCCUGUAGUAGAAAACCAAAACUAUUUUUAUCAUUUCCCCUUGUUGUUGUUAUAAAUUUAUAUGUUGCGCUUCACCCGAAGAUCACAGAGUAGUUUACAGCAUAAAAAUACAAAAUGAAAACACAAAAUACAUAACAUAAUAACAGAACCCCCCCCCACUAAUGACUCCUCUCCCACAAAGACAUUUAAAAGGCCAUAGAUUCCAAUUUAGCACAGGUUGGUAAAAGUCUUUUCCUUUUUAUUAAAUCUUAUUUCUGAAUGGCAUAGGCAGAAAUGAAUGUUCCAUUAUUAUUUAGCUGCUUAAUUUUAACUCUGUUUUAAAAUCUGACCCUAUUUUAAAGUAUUUUAUAAACAGAGAUGUGUAUUAAGAACAAAAUAUGUCAGAAGCAGACUUGAGGUAGCAGGAGAUGUUUUUAAAGAGACAUGUCAUUCAUUACAAUUCUCUCACCCAAAAUCAGUUCUCUGUGGAGCUCUGACAGUGGGGCAUGCAAGUUGUUGCUCCAUUUAGAUGCAUGCACGUAGAAUGCGCAGACUGAGUGGUUGCAGCUUAGUAUGUUUAUUUCUGUGCGCACACGCUUCACAAAGGGCAUUUGUGAUAUUGUUACACAUAUCUGCAUACUUCUUUCGCUCCUUUUUGUACAUGGAAAGUUGUACCUUCUGAAGCAGCUCUAAAUAGGAUGGACUAUAGGAUUGGUCUGUUGGGAAUUUAAUGAAAAAAUAAUUACCGGUAGCUUUCAAAUAUCUUGCAUGCGUUGACUUGCACCAUUACUUUCUGCUCUUUGCUUUUCUUUGUAGUGAGUAGAUUUGCAUUAGUUAUAACCAAAAAGAGUUUAUUUUUCUGUUUGUUUGUUUUUGAGAAAGUAAAAACUUCCAAUUCCCAAAGGAAGUACAUAAGACUACUGGCAUAUACAAGGGCCAUGCCCAGUGGAAAAACAAAUCAACUUAUUAUUUGUUUUUCUUGAACUAAAAUAAAUUUGGUUAACUCCUCCCUAUUUGGCCUAAGCAGAAGCAGCAUAUUAUUUUGUACAAUGGCAGACCCAUAUAAAACUCCUUUUAAUUCUUGACAUUGCUGAACCCCCCAGCACCAUCUGGAAGCACCCAUUUUACAUCUGUGCAACUUUCAUUUGGAAUCUGCCAGGGUUCUAUGUAUGUGUGAUAUGCAUGAGACUGGAAUCUGAUCCAGAAUGUUCAUUGGAAUGUAGAAAGCAUUUAACCAGGCAGAUGAAGUGAUUAUCUGGUUGUGUGGGGAGAGAGGCUCAAGUGGGAUAAAGAAGGAAUUGACUUGCUAGUUACUACUUCACAGAGUUCAGGGCUUUUACUUUCCUCUGGUUCUAUUCAGAGCGACUGAUCCUGUGCCUCCACUAUCAUGAUCAGUUUUAAUAUAUACAUAUAUAUAUACCGUAUUUUUCGCUCUAUAGGACACACUUUUUCCCCUCCAAAAAUGAAGGGGAAAUGUGUGUGUGUCCUAUGGAGCGAAUGCAGGCUCCUUGGCUUCAGCGAUAGCAACGUGAAGCCUCCAAAGCGCAGAGGGAGCGCUCCCCCCGUGCUCCGGAGGCUUCGUGUUGCUUUCGCUGAAGCCGCCUGAAGCCCCCAGAGCGCAGGGAACUCCCGCUGCGCUCUGGGGGCUUCAGGCAGCUAUCCGCAAGCCUUCGGAGCACAGCAGGAGUUCCCGCCUGAAGGAUAGCCGCCUGAAGCCUGGAGAGCGAGAGGGGUCGGUGCACACCGAUCCCUCUUGCUCUCCAGGCUUUGCUUCGCUGGAGAGGCGCUGCACAGUUUUCCCUCUCUGCUCAGCGCCCCUUCAGCGAAGCGGGAGGAGAAAUGGAAGGGGCUCCGCUUCUCCUGCUGCUUCGCUGAAGGGGCGCUGAGCAGAGAGGGGGAGAAUUCCCCCCCCCCCGUUCUCCCCCUCCUAUGGUCCGGUGCGUCCUAUAGAGCGAAAAAUACGGUAUAUAUAUUAUAUAGGUAUAUGUAUAGAUUAAUAAGUUUUAAUGCUUUUAUCAGUUUUUAUUGAUGGGUUGGAUCCAGAGUUGGCAUCCUGCAAAUGCAAGGGCUCCCUUUGUACACAUUCAGUUACUGAUCCUGUGCAGAACUGGAGAAGAAGUUGUUUUUGUCCAUUUCCUGCCUCGCUCCCAGUGAUCCCAUCCCCUGCCCUCGAAAAUCUGCUCUGGAGGUUGAUGUACAAUUUGGUCCAGAACCGGGGGGGGGGGGGGAGGGAGAGAGAGAGAGAGAGAGGUGUUUCUGAGGUUCUGGGAGGAGGAAAUGGUAACCUGCCCUCCCUGACCUCACUUCCAUAGUAGUGGCAUCCAGAACAGAAGGCUGUUCAGGGGACACUACUGUUGGCAACAGCAAACUCUGGAUCCAGCCUUUUGUGCAAUUUAUUACUGGCUACUUUCAGUAAAUGUGUCUGUACUAAUUAAUUCAUUUUUUGGAAAAAAUUGCAGGAAAGAAUUAAUAGUAUCUGGCACUUUAAAUCCAGUUAAAGAUUUACAUCUUGGGAAACUGGCACUAACUAAGUUUCCAAAGAGUCCAGAAACGUGGAUUCACAGGUUUGUCUCUUUCUGUGGUUAUUUCUCUUUCCCUACCCCCACCUGAAAAGAAUAUGGAAACGUAUAGCAGUGGUUCCUCGACGUUUCAGUGAGAGGAAACUACUAGUCAGUCUAUUUUAAAGUUCCAAUGUUUGAUGUAGAAAAUACUGUCCAUUUUUAUAUAAGGUUUUUCUGUUGAAAAUGUGUGCUGCCUGUUUCUCUAAAGUGGCCACAACUACCCAGAAACGAAAUCUUGAGGCCAUAAUGGAGAUCUCACUGAAAACACAAGCUGUGGGUGCUGAAGAAACGAAAAGGGCAAAUGAGUUAUUUACAGUUAUUAGAAAAGUAGUUGGAACCAGGACAGAAAGCUUCAGAAUGCUAUUUUAUGAAUCUUUGAUUACGCUGGUCACUUUCCCCAUCUCAAAACAGGAACUCCGAGAAAUCGAAAGGGUACAGAAAAGGGCAUCUAUGAAGGACAGACUAAGGAGAGUGAUACUUUUUGGUUUAGAAAUACAGUGACUAAGAAGGGCAAGAAGAGUUCAUAUAAUAAUUAGCCAUAUGGAGAGAGUAUCUGAUAUUUAUAGAAUGAGAAUCACCCCAUCACAACAGACAAAAGGAAGUAAUAAAUCAAAUGACUUUUAAAAAGGAUUUACUGACCUGGUUUGCAGGUGAUGGUAAACCAAAGUUAAUGAAUGGUUUAUCAUGACUGCUGCCAUGGCUGGAAGGAAGCAAUUCAUGAUCCCUGGCAUAACAGUUUGUCUGUUUUGCUACCAACAAACCAUAAUCAGUAAGCUAAGGACAGACCUUGGCUGCACAUUGUGGUGUGUUGGGAGCAAUCCUUGAUUUGUGCUUUCUCCCAACACAAGAAGGAAGGAGCAAAGUGGUGAACUAUUAACUGUGGCUUACAAAGGUGGAGAAUGUUUUUCAGGCCAAGGGCCACAUCCCAAUGACCAGUGGUAGGGACACAGCUGUAUGUGGGCAGAGCUGUAGGCUUGCACACCAAAGUCAGAGGUUUUUAGACUUGCAUGCUCAACUCCCCAUCCUCCAUCCAUGCAAACGGCAGAUGUCAUCCCAGCUCAGCAACAAUUUCCAUCCCAGCAAAACCACCCAGAAGAAACAGGCUGUGGCCUAGAGGAGGCGAGGGCUUGAGGAGAGCCCUGAGGACCAGAUAUAUUGGCUUGGAGGGCUGCAUUUUGCUCCCAGGCCUGAGGUUCCCCACUCCUGGUUUACCAUGCCAAAUGUCAAACAGCAGGAGCUACAGGCUGAAGUAGCUGAUAAAAGCAUUUCAGGACCAUAAAAUGUAUUUCCCAGUAUUACUUGAUUAUUAGUGCGGAGGUUGAUGUAUUUCUUUUCUCCAACUUUCAUUAUUCCUGCCUUAAGACCUAGUAACAAACGGAACAAAAUAAAAUGUUUUCACUCACUUAAAUUGGCUUUUGCCCUCUUAACUCUCUAUGCCACUUGACCAGACGCUGGGUGCUGCAACAACUAAUUCAGGAAAACUCCGUGCCCACUCUCGUGAAUAAAGGGAAUUUGGAAACAGCUCCCACGGAAAGGAUUCAGCGGCUAGUGAAAGAAGAAAUGGAUGUUUGCUGUGAAGCUGCUGGGAGAUAUCCAAGUAAUUAUAACGCCUGGUCCCAUCGCGCCUGGGUCUUGCAGCACGUGGCCAAGCUCAGUGGAAAGGUAUGUCACAGCAGGGAGAAGUGCCUUGCAAGAGCUAUUGGUAAGAAUUGGAAUGACUUUCUUAUAAAUACUUUGAAAUAUUUGGAAUGAAAUUUCAUCAUGAAUGGCCUAUGAAAUUUUGGGGAAGAGAAGAAGGGAUAAAAACUGCAUUAGGCUGAUUCAGACCAUCCAGCUAGCAGCUACGGUAUGGAGCCUGUCCCUCCGAAAGGUGAGACAGGAGAGCGGGUGAUGCAGGAGGGAGAUGGAGCUCAUGAUGAAGUUGUGACAAACUGUAAAGGCUCCUGUCAGAAUAAAAGAAGAAAUAUUGUACAACAAUAUUUGAAUACUAUGAUUUUUCUUUUCUUUUUUGAUGCCUAUAUUCUCUAAAGACAGUAUGCAUUGUUAAAAUGCAGAUUGGGUAUUGGCAUAGGUUCAAAGAGCUCAAACAAUUUAGAAGCCCCAUAGUGGUAUUUAUAAGUGCCUUUCACAUAUCUAAGGAUAUCCUUCAGCUCAGAUUAUGCUGGUUUAAUGAAUUAGCACAACAUCAAACAACUGGAACGUUACUAACUGGCUUUAAAAAUGCCUUAUCAACUGGAACAGAAAUGCCUGUUUGAAAAGCAGCUGUUUCCACCCCUUCAGGGAGGUUCUUGGAGGUGGGGGUCUCUAAAACGGGCUGCACCAGCGGGUGGGAAGCAGUUGAUAUCUGCCCCUUUUAAAAUGCAACGUGCAAUAUUCUUAUGACUUUCACGUUGCCAUUUCUCAUUUGCAAUGCAGGCUUGGUGCCUUUUCAUUAUGCCGGCCCAUCGACCUUCCACAAAGCUAAGCUUGACUCUGCACUCUUUUCAUCUCCAACAUCAUCUGCUUCUCUGCCUGAGCAUUUUCAAGGGAAGAGUGCUGAGCUCAGCUCCUUGCAGGAAAAUCAUUUUGCAGCACCCCAUCCCCCAAUCUCUGCCUUGUUACCUGAGAACCUUCCAGAAAUGAUAAGGGCAUUUAAUAAUAACCUGAAAACUAUGCCACAGGCCCCAAGAGAAAGUCUGGCAGCCUCUACUACUUAAUUUCCAAAUGAAAAAGAAUUUAGGGCAGCAAGAGUUUGAAGAAGGUAGAUGGGGAAAGAAGCAAAUAAUUUUUUUCCCAUCAUUUAGCAAGGGCUGCUUCAGUUUGCUUCUAAGGAGAAAAGUUAAGGCAGCCAUUCUGUGGUAUAAUACAGGGCAUCAAUGAAUACAGCAGUUUAAAAAUCUGUUCCCUUUGCUAUGCUUAAAGAGGUGCAUAUGUAGGGUUCUGACUUCAGAAGACUUACACUAUGCACAGUUAUAAAAAUCCAGAUUAUAAAAAUAGUCAGAGUGUUUGGCAGCUGCUGUAUCCAACUUCACAUGCGCUGAAAAUGACUGCUGGCUCUUCUGCACAGUUGUACCAGGUGUGCAUAAGCCCUUGUGUCCUACAAGAAAGAAGAAACCCUUUCCCAGGUAUCCACAAGGGUUGAUUUUACCUUGCUACCCUCUCCGAUGACUGAUGGAGCUAUUAUCCCUUCCUGACCUAACUAGUAAUGUGGGGAGGAAACAUUUACAGCGCUUAAUUUUUCUGCAGAAAUUUUUUUGUUUCAUAAGUUCAUUAGUAACAAUUGCAAAUACAACAGGCAAGUUGGGCAGUUUCAAAGCUGUAGUUAAUGUUUUUCAGGUGAUUAUCUCUAGCAAGUCUAAGUCAGCAAAUUAUGCACAGUUCUUUAGGUUGCUAAAAUUUAUUAGUGUGUCAGCAGUUUUUAGUACCUUUUGUGCUUGUUUCUUCUUAUACGAGGGAACUAUAUGCUGUUCCAGUAACAAUUUUCACUCAAUAUAUAGCAUUUAAACCACAUACAGGCUGCAUCCAGCAACAGUUUCUUCUGUGUUCCCAACAUUUUCCUAACUGUUAAUUUUGGUAUUAUAUUUGAGUUUUCAUGUGUCAUAAAAGGCACUUUCAGGAAUAUAGCAGAAUAUAACACAAAGUUAUGACUCAUUGGCAUGUUAUUUGCUUCCAGAAAAUCAGUUUGUGAAGAUACAAAAUUUUGCCAUUUAAAAACUUAAGCAGCAAAUGAAUGUCAAAUUCAACUUUUAUAAUUGUUAUUAUUAUUAUUUAUAAUAUAAUAUAAUAUAAUAUAAUAUAAUAUAAUAUAAUAUAAUAUAUAAUAUAAUAUAAUAUAAUAUAAUAUAAUAAUAAUAUAUUAUUAUUAUUAUUAUUAUUAUUAUUAUUAUUAUUAUUAUUAUUAUUGCUAUUAUUAUUAUUUAUAUCCCACCCAUCUGGCUGGGUUUCCCUAGCCACUCUGGGCGUCUUUCAACAGAACAUUAAAAGCAGAAUAAAACUUCAAACAUUAAAAACAUCCCUAAACAGGGCUGCCUUCAGAUGACUUCUAAAUGUCAUAUAGUUGUUUAUUUCUUUGACAUCUGGUGGGAGGGCGUUCCACAGGGAGGGCGCCAAUACCGAUAAGACCCUCUGCCUGGUUCCCUGUAACCUCACUUCUUACAGUGAAGGAACCACCAAAAGGCCCUUGGCGUCCACAGAGCUCCCGAAGCAUAGAAAUGAAAAGCUAAACCAAACAAAAAGUAUACAUUUUAAAAUUUGGAGGUAAAAUUCUUGAUUUGAAGACUGGCAGGGGAAGCAAUGGGCAGACUUGAUUUGCCACAGUAGAUAUCAGAUCUCUGUAGUUUUGUCCAUUUCAACACCGCUUAUAUUCCUAAAUUUAUAGCGGGGACUGAAGCCCAUUUUCUCUGUUAUUUUGGCACUUUUUGUUUAGCUAUAUGGAGGAGCUAUGAUUAUUUUGGCUCAACAGCAGAAGACCUCAGGCAGUUGCUGUAAAUGAAAAUUGAUUUUUUUGGGGUGGUGUCUUAUCUUUAUGGAUGGAUUAAUUUACUAUCUGCUUUUGACUUUCAGAUUCUUCUAGAUGAACUUUCUUCCACUAAGCACUGGGUCUCCAUGCAUGUUUCAGACCAUAGUGGAUUCCACUACCGCCAGUUUUUAUUGAAAUCUUUGAUUGAUGGAACUGAGACUGAGUGUACUGUAGAAAUGCACAAUUCACCAGCCAAUCAGCAAGCACCCAGGCUUCUAAAAGAUGAAGAAAAUGAUGAAGCAGAAGCUACCUGUGUGGAAGAACAACCAGAUUUCCCACUUCUUCUAAAUGAAGAAGUAGAGCUCUGCACUGAUUUAAUUAACACUUACCCAGGGCAUGAAACCCUGUGGUGUCACAGGUAAGGAAAUGUAUACAAGGAUCUGGCUUGAAGAGAAUAGUUACCACUCUGAUAGGAUUCAUUUAUUCCAGCCAUUCCACACUGUGGUGCUGGUGGUUUGUGUGUCAUUAAAGCUACCUUUAAAAGUUGCCUCACAGAGCUGCCAUUGAACAUUGGUUGUUUUGCAAUAAAUCAGCAUUUUCUAUUUAUUAUUAUAUUUGUUUAGUAAAAUAUUGCUUAAAUGUACGGUCUUUCUUCUGACAGUGUUCACUUCUACAAGGUACCAACAGCUCUUUUAUUCCUUCAUGUCAGCCAUUUUUUUAUAGCACCUGUGUCAAUUUAUCAAUAUAUAAGUACAGUACCCCAUUUUUCACCAAAAAGACUAGCUAACCAUCUCGAAGGUAGCCAGCAGGGUACAACAAAAGCAUCUUGCAGAGCAGAGCAAAAGAAAGUAAAUCAGAACAACAGGAGCAGGAAUGCAUCAGGGCAAUCCAAAAGAAGAAGCCCACCUUGACCUGGUGCAAAGUGUGUGUCGGGACAUGUUGGUGUGUCGGCUGCAGAGUGUAGGUGUGUCAUGCGAAUGCUCCCCAUGUUCCUCCCGCAGCUGGAAAAGAGUUAGUUUAACCUUUGGUUUGCAAGUAAAACUGAAUGAUGCAAUGUCUAAAAAGUGUGUCACCCACAUGAAAAGUUUGGAAAGCUCUGAUCCAAAAGCUAUUAAGGAAGGAGGAAGGCUCAAAUAUUUGAUUCAGUUGGUUCAUAAGGCCAGGAAAUGUUCCAAGAAAGACUCAGAAGUUUUGAUAGCACAUUUAUUACUGAGUCAAUGGACAAUAAGAAAUCCCCAGAGACUCACAAAAGCUUCUACGGAACCUUCCAUAUCUUUAAAGAGCACUGUCCUGUUAUAUGUACCGUUUUAAAAAAAUCCUUUUGCUGAUAUCUUCAUUUGAGACCCAUACUGUUUAUGGUUAUUGUUUUUCUCAUAAAAUUAAUAAGUUAAUUUUUUUUUAAGAAAAAAGGGAAGGAGGAAGGAAGGACUAGGGAGGAAAUUCCACAGCUUUCAUGCUCCUGAAGAAACGACACUGGUUCACGUUAUCACCACCAUACUUUAGCGUUUCCGUGCUCUCUGACUUCCAUCACGGUGUCCCGUUGCGCCAGUUUAGUCCUGCUGGCUACAUGACGCGGAAAGCUGUCUCCCUUGGCCUGAAGCGAGAUGAGCGCCGCACCCCAUAGUCGCCUUUGACUGGACUUAACCAUCCAGGGGUCCUUUACCUUUCCUUUACCAUACUCCAGACGUACCUUUUUGAGUUCUUGCAUUCUGGUGUUAGCACCAACCCCCCCAACCCCCACCAAUAAAAGGUUGUUAUCCGGCAGCAAAGUAGGACUUGAGUUUUUAUGUCCGUUACAUCAAUGAUAUUAAUUAGAAUUCUCUUGUCCAUUUAGCAAGAUGGAGAUCUGGUGUGAAUCUGUCUCCUUGCAAAGUAUCACAGACUCCGCACAUUGCCAACAAGACAUCAGAUACAGAGAACGAGGAAUUUCAAAUUUAGAAGUCAACCUUUUUUAUAAAAAAAAAUGCUUAACAAGUUGUGAAGAAGUUUAUGGGGAAGAGGGCAGAAAUGUUACUUUCAAUCAACAGAAGUGCUAGACAUUUGAUUUACUCUUAUUUCUUCUCUUUGAAGACGGCGUGUGUUCUAUCUUCAGCACCACUUAAAAAACAAACUUCCACUUCCAAGUGUGUGGUCAGCAGCUGCAGACAAGAGUGAUGGCCUGCUGAACAACUCACACCCCGGUGCUGCAUUUGGUCAUGUGAGCCAAGCCAUGGAUGUGGACGGCCUGCUGGAAUCCAGCAGACAAGGCUACACUCAAGAAACCAAACGCCUGAAACGUGCUCCUGUGCAGGACUCUAUCAGUCUCGAAGCAGAAUACAGGUUCAUCGAUCAAGUUUUAUCAACAUGUAGGGAUGUAGAGCAGGCAAGGUUUGCUGGGGCAUACAGAAAAUGGCUGGUUUCCUUUCUAGGUCAGUGAAGAAGGAGAUUUUAAAAUAAUAAUAAUAAUAAUAAUAAAUAUGCAGGGUCCUUUGUUUAGUGCAAUAUUCUCUUUUCAAACAUUGGUGCUUGUAGUGGCGCCUGGAACUUUUCAUCCGUUGUUUUUGUUGUCUGUGCUAAACAUCCUUUCCAGAUGAUGGCUUUUACUUAUAUAUAUUUUAAAACACCCUUGUGUUGGUCAAUAAAAGUUUUUUUCUGAGUUUAUGUUACAUGUAGGGUGACUCCAUAUCACAAACUCAUUAAUUAUAGUAUUUUAAAAAUCAGCUUUAAUUAAGAUGAAUAUAAGUUAGGUAGCCAAUACCACUGGAAAAUUUAUUCACUUUUCAAUGUCUCUUGCAUAACAAAUGCACCUGAUCAAAAACAUUACCUACAAUGGAAAGUAAUCCACAAUAUCAGCGCAGACAGUGUUUGGGCCUGUUUGUUUUAAGUACAGAUGUUUUAAGUGGUUUGUGUGUAAACCAUAGUUACAAAUUAAUUAUGGUUUAUUGCAAAUGAGCAAUGUAUUGGUCUGCUUCAUUUGUCUCCCACUCCUGACUUUACUGUGAUAGAGAAACAGACCAGAGACCAGCUUCAUGGUUCCUGCACACCAAGGCUUGCAGUUUGUUUCUCUCCAAAGCAAGCAGCUUACUGCUUGUGGUUUGUUUCAGGGAGUGAACAAAGCUGGGCCUUCCUAGCAGAUGCACCGGCACCUGAUACUUCUCAUUAAACCAUCAUUAGUUUCAUGUGUGAACUGGCCAUGGAAUCCUUGCAUUGCUUUCAGUGCUCUGCUGUGCUUCUGUAAAUGUUCCAGACGCAGUUGGUUUCUUUCUGAAUUACUCUGACAUUACUUACAUAUUCAUUGCAGUGCCAGUUCUAGAGGAAUAUGGUUAAUAUGUUGCAGGAAAGUUGUGAAAAUUAGUGAGAGAAAAUUGUUUCAGUCUUACACACACUAGGUGUGUGGUUAUUAAAGUCCUUCAUUGUAUGUUAUAUUUUUAUUUAUUUUUCAUUUGACUCAAGCCAGUGUUAAUUAUGUAUAUUUAUGAAUGUAUUAUGAACACUACAGAAUUCUGCAAAGCGUCAAAACACAUGCCAUGGGUAACUCAGUACAGAUUCUUAACCUGAAAUUAUCUUAGUAUAAGGUGGCUGCUGGCCUUUUUGCAUUUGUGUUUGAAGAACAAGGGGGAAACAAGACUUUUCCUAUUGAUGUUGCUGAUUCUUCUCAGUGAGAAAGACAGUUUGUUGUCUUCAGCCUCCUCCUCAUGUCUUUUUGUUAUUUAUAAAUCCAUCUUUAUGUAAAGAAGCAAUUAAUUUCCUUGCAAUCAAGCUUUUAUUCCUUAUUGCUUUGCUAACAGUAGAGUGAAGUAUGAUUGAUUUGUUCCGGUAUUUAUUUAGUGCUGGCCUACAUUUGAGAUUCCUCAGCCAUUAUGGCAAUACCCUGCUAAAUGCAGCCCACUUAGCACACCGGCUCCAAUAGGAAGCUCCUUCUGUACCCCAAAACAAGCGUAAACUCUUGCCCAUGACCUCAGUCACAGGGGCAGCUUCAGGCACUGAAUGAGAAUUGGGACACGCUGGUCAGUAGGGAAGCGGAUGCUUUGCUUGAAGUUCCCUGCACGGAAGGAGCCCUGGACCGAGCACUCUGGGCAGCGCUCUGGAAUCUGUGAGUCUGUCAGCUCUCCCUCUCUUAAGGCCACCAAGCAAAUGCUGCUUGUCUGGAAAUAAUAGUUUGCUCAGAUUUCUCGACCCAGAUAGCGGUGAAGCAUUUCCAUUCAUAGUCAUUCUGCCUGUUUUCUUUGCACAAAGAUAAGUGUGCUUGCAGUUUAUCUAAGUCAGAAAGUACUAUGCCCUGAGAAACCGGGACAGCAUUCUGAGACUGAUUACAUUGUCUUAAGUAGUGUAGCGCAAUGGUUAGUUUAUAUCCCGUGCAAGUAUUGCCAAAGGAAAAGCAGUAAUGCGAAGAGGUUUCUGCCUCUCGUAAAGUCUGAGGUUGAUUGAUAAGGAAGAUAAGGAAAUGCAAAAAGGCCACCAGGGAAUAGGUCCAUCUUCAUUUAGAUCUGCCCCCAUCUAGUCUUUUCUCAGCAGAGGCAUGAUUUGCAUGUACUCAGCCAAUCUAGGACUUGCCAUGAAUAAGCACACAUACACAGGGAGAAAAUGGAGGCUGCUUUGCUCCUCCCCUGCUUCUGUCACACUACUUGGAACUAAGACAUAGUUUGGCUCAGCAGAACGAUGCUGUUGGUCUGUAUUACGGGGGGGGGGGGGCAUUCAAAAAAGCCAUGAAAUGCAAUGAAGGCUUGUUCUUGGUUUACUAUCUGCAGCUUGUUUGGGGAGUCUGCAGCCAGUUGGAGACCACCUGUAGGAACUAUAUUGACAGUGCUGAUCCCUUAUGUAAUUCAGUUUUAUUUUCAUGAAUACUUCAUCAUCUAAAAUGAAAUCCACUAAGCUCUGGGAACAUGCACUUUCCAUUCAUUACAAUGGGAUCAUGCAUGCCUCAUUGAAAUACCGUACUUUACCAUGUAUUAGACGAGGUUUUUUUUACUCCAAAAUAAAGUAAAAAAUGGGGGGAGCGUCUUAUACAUGGGUAGUGCAGAGGGGGGACAGGCAAUUGGUUGCAUCCGCGAGCAGGAUCUAGUGAUUGGGGGGGGUGUGAAUGGUGUCUGCUGCAAGGGCUGCUUUGGAUUGGCUGCUGCUUUGUCAAUUUGGCUUGCGUUGCUUGCGAUUGUUAGCGUUUGCCAGUUGGGUGAGUGAUAUUUGGUUCGGCAUCCUCCCUCCCACACAAAUAGUUCAUUUUCUUAAAUUUGAGCCCCCAAAAAUACGUGGGGGCGUCUUAUAGACAGAAAAGUACGGUAAAUCAAGGCUGUGCAACAGCAUCACAUAAUGGAUUUACUCCAAUUCCCUCUUGGUUUUGACAUUGCUUAGGUGUAUCAUAUAAAUGUACAAGGGAGAAAAGUGGAUUUCUCAAAUGGGGGUGCAAUAUUAAAAGGUUCGUGAUGGACAGAUAAUUCCCUCUUUGCUUGAGCUGCAUUGAUUGUAUGAAAGCUUUGAAAGGUAAUAGUGAGACGUGACUUGAAAUCCAUUUUUGCUUUCUGUUGGAUUUCUAAACUGAAGUCCCAACUAGAUUCCCUGAAGCUAUGUAUAAUGAUAACUCUAUUAAAUUUGGCAGCCCUUCCAUUAUCUUAGACAUAAGGUCAAACUCUGCCCUCAAAUAUGCAUUUGUCCCUCCCAGUGAUGGUAGUAGGAAUUGUAUGUGCAGAAACCUGCAUGCCUGCAAUGAAACAGUGAAGUAUCUUUGGGUUUUAAGCUUGCAAAAUAAAAGGGAGGUUCUUAAGAGUUUUUAAAGGAUAUAAAUUGAUUCAGAAUGGUUGGAGAACAGUAUUUUUAAAAAAAGAUUCAUUGAAAUAUUCUAAUGUCUGUUUAACAAUUCCAGUGGAAACUAAAAGAAAAAUUAAACCUACCUUUUUUAUAGCUGAGCUCUGGCAGUGUUUGGGGACCUCAAGGAAAGAGAAGUACAGUGGUACCUCGCAAGACGAAUGCCUCGCAAGACAAAAAGCUCGCUAGACGAAAGGGUUUUUUGUUUUUUGAGCUGCUUCGCAAGACAAUUUUCGCUAUGGGCUUGCUUCGCAAGACGGAAACGUCUUGCAAGUUUGUUUCCUUUUUCUUAACACCGUUAAUACAGUUGCGACUUGACUUCGAGGAGCAACUCAUAGAACGUGGUGUGGUAGCCUUUUUUGAGGUUUUUAAAGACUUUGGUGAUUUUUGAAGCUUUUCCAAAACUUUCCCGACACCGUGCUUCACAAGACGAAAAAAAUCGCAAGACGACAAAACUCGCGGAACAAAUUAAUUUCGUCUUGCAAGGCACCACUGUAACAAUUUAGAUAAGUAAGUAUGGUUCAUAGCAGCAACAACAAAAAGGAGUAAUUUCUCCUUUAAAAUAAAAAGAGUUGUUUGGAAACACAAGCAAAUCACAGCAAUCAUCAUAAUAAUCAUAAUACAGUGGUACCUUUUGAUACGCACGCCUCUGGUUGCGUAUCCUUCGGGUUACACACGCGGCAAACCUGGAAGUAUUUUUCCGGGGUUCGCCGCAUGUGCAGAAACGCACUGCACAUGUGUGCAGAAGCAGCACCUCUGAUUGCAAAUUCCUCGGGGAUAUGAUCGGAGCUCCGGAACGGAUCUUGUGUGCAACUGGAGAUACCACUGUAACAACAACAAUGUUUUCAUUUAGCCGUGUCCGAUUCUUUGUGACCCCAUGGACCAGAGCAUGCCAGGCACCCCUGUCCUCCACCGCCUUCCACAGUUUGGUCAAACUCAUGUUAGCAGCUUCGAGAACACUGUCCCACCAUCUCGUCCUCUGUCGUCCCCUUCUCCUUGUGCCCUCCAUCUUUCCCAGCAUCAGGGCCUUUUCCAGGGAGUCUUCUCUUCUCAUGAGGCUGCCAAAGUAUUGGAGCCUCAGCUUCAGGAUCUGUCCUUCCAGUGAGCACUCAGGGCUGAUUUCCUUCAGAAUGGAGAGGUUUGAUCUUCUUGCAGUCCAUGGGACUCUCAAGAGUCUCCUCCAGCACCAUAAUUCAAAAGCAUCAAUUCUUCGGCGAUCAGCCUUCUUUAUGGUCCUCACUUCCAUACAUCACUACUGGGAAAACCAUGACUUUAACUAUACGGACCUUUGUUGGCAAGGUGAUGUCUCUGCUUUUUAAGAUGCUGUCUAGGUUUGUCAUCGCUUUUCUCCCAAGAAGCAGGCGUCUUUUAAUUUCGUGGCUCCUGUCACCAUCUGCAGUGAUCAUGGAGCCCAAGAAAGUAAAAUCUCUCACUGCCUCCAUUUCUUCCCCUUCUAUUUGCCAGGAGGUGAUGGGACCACUGGCCAUGAUCUUCAUUUUUUUGAUGUUGAGCUUCAGACCAUAUUUUGCGCUCUCCUCUUUCACCCUCAUUAAAAGGUUCUUUAAUUCCUCCUCACUUUCUGCCAUCAAGGUUGUGUCAUCUGCAUAUCUGAGGUUGUUGAUAUUUCUUCCGGCGAUCUUAAUUCCGGCUUGGGAUUCAUCCAGCCCAGCCUUUCGCAUGAUGAAUUCUGCAUAUAAGUUAAAUAAGCAGGGAGACAAUAUACAGCCUUGCCGUACUCCUUUCCCAAUUUUGAACCAAUCAGUUGUUCCAUAUCCAGUUCUAACUGUAGCUUCUUGUCCCACAUAGAGAUUUCUCAGGAGACAGGUGAGGUGAUCAGGCACUCCCAUUUCUUUAAGAACUUGCCAUAGUUUGCUGUGGUCGACACAGUCAAAGGCUUUUGCAUAGUCAAUGAAGCAGAAGUAGAUGUCUUUCUGGAACUCUCUAGCUUUCUCCAUAAUCCAGCACAUGUUUGCAAUUUGGUCUCUGGUUCCUCUGCCCCUUCGAAAUCCAGCUUGCACUUCUGGGAGUUCUCGGUCCACAUACUGCUUAAGCCUGCCUUGUAGAAUUUUAAGCAUAACCUUGCUAGCGUGUGAAAUGAGUGCAAUUGUGCGGUAGUUGGAGCAUUCUUUGGCACUGCCCUUCUUUGGAAUUGGGAUAUAUACUGAUCUUCUCCAAUCCUCUGGCCACUGCUGAGUUUUCCAAACUUGCUGGCAUAUUGAGUGUAGCACCUUAACAGCAUCAUCUUUUAAAAUUUUAAAUAGUUCAGCUGGAAUACCAUCACUUCCACUGGCCUUGUUAUUAGCAGUGCUUUCUAAGGCCCAUUUGACUUCACUCUCCAGCAUGUCUGGCUCAAGAAGAAGAAGAAGAGUUUGGAUUUGAUAUCCCGCCUUUCACUCCCUUUAAGGAGUCUCAAAGCGGCUAACAUUCUCCUCUCCCUUCCUCCCCCACAACAAACACUCUGUGAGGUGAGUGGGGCUGAGAGACUUCAAAGAAGUGUGACUGGCCCAAGGUCACCGAGCAGCUGCAUGUGGAGGAGCGGGGAAGCGAACCCGGUUCCCCAGAUUACGCUCCUAACCACUGCACCACACUGGCUCUCAAGGUCAGCAGCCACACUACCUGGGAUGUACAAGAAAUCCAUAUCUUUCUGGUAUAAUUCCUCUGUGUAUUCUUGCCACCUCUUCUUGAUGUCUUCUGCUUAUGUUAGGCCCUUACCACUUUUGUCCUUUAUUAUGGUAAUCUUUGCACGAAGUGUUCCUUUCAUAUCUCCAAUUUUCUUGAACAGAUCUCUGGUUCUUCCCAUUCUGUUGUUUUCCUCUAUUUCUUUGCAUUGCUUGCUUAAGGAGGCCUUCUUGUCUCUCCUUGCUAUUCUUUGGAAAUCUGCAUUCAAUUUCCUGUAUCUUUCACCAUCUCCCUCGCAUUUUGCUUGCCUUCUCUCCUCUGCUAUUUGUAAGGCCUCGUUGGACAGCCACGUUGCUUUCUUGCAUUUCCUUUUCAUUGGGAUGGUUUUCGUUGCUGCCUCCUAUAUAAUGUUACGAGCCUCCAUCCAUAGUUCUUCAGGCACUCUGUCCACCAACUCUAAAUCCUUAAAACUGUUCCUCACUUCUACUUCCAUAAGGGAUAUGAUUUAGAUUGUAUCUUACUGGCCCAGUGGUUUUCACUAGUUUCUUCAGUUUAAGCUUUAAUUUUGCUAUAAGAAGCUGAUGAUCUGAGCCACAAUCAGCUCCAGGUCUUGUUUUUGCUGACUGUAUAGAGUUUCUCCAACUUUGGCUGCAGAGAAUAUAAUCAAUCUGAUUUCAAUGCUGCCCAUCUUGUUGGAAAAGAGUGUUUGUGGUGACCAGCUUGUUCCCUUGACGGAAGAACUCUAUUAACCUUUGCCCUGCUUCAUUUUGAACUCCAAGGCCAAACUUGCCAGUUGUUCCUUUUAUCUCUUGAUUCCCUACUUUAGCAUUCCAAUCCCCUAUAAUGAGAAGAACAUCCUUCUUUGGAGUCAUUUCUAAAAGGUGUUGUAAGUCUUCAUAGAAUUGGUCAAUUUCAGUUUCUUCAGCACCAGUAGUUGGUGCAUAAACUUGGAUUACUGUGAUGUUAAAAGGUCUGCCUUGGACUCGUAUUGAGAUCAUUCUAACAUUUUUGAGAUUGCAUCCCAGUACAGCUUUUGCCACUCCUUUGUUGACUAUGAGGGCCACUCCAUUUCUUCUAUGGGAUUCUUGCCCACAGUAGUAGAUAUGAUGGUCAUCCGAACUGAAUUUGCCCAUUCCCGUCCAUAUUAGUUCACUGAUGUCCAGGAUGUCAAUAUUUAUCCUUGCCAUCUCAUUUUUGACCACAUCCAACUUACCCAGGUUCAUGGAUCUUACAUUCCAGGUUCCUAUGCAAUAUUUUUCUUUACAGCAUUGGACUUUCCUUUCACUUCCAGGCACAUCCACAACUGAGUGACCUUUCGGCUUUGGCCCAGCCGCUUCAUCAGCUCUGAAUCUAUUUGUACUUGUCCCCCGCUCUUCCUCAGUAGCAUGUUGGACGCCUUCUGACCUGAGGGGCUCCUCUUCCAGCGUCAUAACUUUUAUAUGCCUGUUCUUUUUGUCCAUGGGGUUUUCUUGGCAGGGAUACUGGAAUGGCUUGCUGGUUCCCGCUCCCGGUGGAUCACGUUUAGUCAAAACUCUCCACUAUGACCUGUCCAUCUUAGGUGGCCCUGCCCGGCAUAGGUCAUAGCUUCUCUGAGUUAUUCAGGCCCCUUUGCCACAACAAGGCAGUGAUCCAUGAAGGAUAAUAAUAAUAAUAAUAAUAAUAAUAAUAUAUUACUAAUACCACACCCAUCUGGCUGGGCCUCCGCAGCCACUCUGGGCGGCUCCCAACAGAAUAUUAAAAAAUAAUAAUAAUUCAUUUGGUUGGCAGAUUUUGGCAUGUGUAAAAGAUAUUUCCGUAGUAAUACAUUUCCUUGUGGGAACCUGUGUAGUAUGUAAAUGAGAGCUCACAAAUAUGAACACUCAACAUUCAAUUUGACUGCAUUCUUUGAAGUCCCAGACUGGAAAAAGGCUGUGCAAUCCCAUUGAUUUAGCUGUGCCUCGAGGAACUGGUGAUUACCACACAUUAAAAGUCCCCUGCACAACACUCCAAGCACUAAGUAGCACUAGAUUGAGUUUUUAGUAUGUCGGAGGUCAGGAUAUUCAAACUUAAUAAUUAAACCAUGGCUUUGCUGGAAAAACACCUGAACAUCAAUUUAGCACCAAACUGUUGUUCAUUCUUACAGUUCUUUGAGUUAAUAGCGAUACAAUGUCCAAAAUAAUUGAGAACUAAACUGCCUGUGUAUUUUUUAAGGAUUCAGAGAGUGUUAGGUCUCCUUGCACUGUAUCACAUAUGAACAAAUCCAUUCUUCUUGUUUUGCCCUUGUAUGCUUGCCAGAUCUUGUCAUGGCAGCUUUUUGGUGAAAGUUAAUUGCCGAUAUCUCUGAUAAUCACUUCAGAAGUGAGAAUCCCAUUUAAGAGUAUUACACAGUGAGGUCAGUAUAAGCAAACAAGCAUUGAAUACUGCAUUGUGUCAUCUGCAGCGAUUGCACUCGAGGUCAGGGUUGAAGAAGCAAUUGACUAGAUUUCACGUAGUUUGUGGGAUAAAAAAAGCACUAUGUACAUGAUGACUUUUUUGACAGUUACUUGGAAAAGGCUAGUACAGAUUCAGCCAUUUUAUAUCAAUUUGAUAUCAAUUUUAAUGCAAUAUUAAGCCAUCCCAUUUAAGCUAUUGUAAAUACCACGUUGAACAGAGGUUUUGCUUUUAAUUCUAUAUUUUUGAAUCAGCAGGAAACACCUGUGCUUGUGCUUCUUGAUAGUUACUUGUUAUCAUGGAGAGAAACGUGGGUCAGGUAGUUUAGUCGCCACUCUGAUGAGUUUUCUAGAUAGCAGCUAUAGGAUUGGGUUUUGGGUCCCCCCCCCCUUCGCUUUAAAUAAGCUUUGGGAGGCAAAAGAACCAGGGCAGUUUUGAUAUUGUGAGUGAUACAGUUGUGAAAUAAUGGACAUUAAAAUUCAACACGGGAAUAGGUUGAGCUGUGGUUAUGUAGACUUACUAUGGAGAGAAUAAAUGCAACCAACACCAGCAAAAGCCAUUUUCUUGUAUUGUAGGUUUGUAACGCUUCAGCAGUCUUCCCCUGCUUGUUAACAACAAUUGGCAGAGUGUUUUUAUACUUUAUUUUUUAUUGCAGUUUUCUUUUAUUAUGCAGGAGUUAAAUAAUUGAUAUUUGAAUAAUCCACACAUAAUUUAUAAUUAGUUGCAUUGUUACCAUUACGCAGCAGACUUGUGUUUAAGGAGAAAACAGUGAUAUUGUUAUGCUGUUAGAUUAAUGUUUAUACCUUAAAUCUGUUACAAACUUUAUUCUCUUUCUGUCUCAGUAAAGGCAUAAGCAUAAGUAGAAUCUGAACUGCAUAAUAUGCUUCACUUUCCUUGGUCUGCCCUGCCUGAAAUAAUGCAAUUUGUAACCAUUCUGAGUAAAUAAUGUUAUUGUCGAGGAAUGGCUGGCUGUUAUGUGUACAGCCAAAUCCAGCAAGCAGUUUUUGAUGGUGCUCUGCAGUUUCCAUUGAGAGUGGUUGUGUUUUUGGAUAUACAGUCAUACCUCGGGUUGAAGUAGCUUCAGGUUAAGUAUUUUCGGGUUGCGCUCCGCGGUGACCCGGAAAUAACGGAGCGCGUUACUUCCAGGUUUCACCACUCGCGCAUGCGCAGACGCUCAGAAUGAUGUCACGCAUAUGUGCAGAAGUGGCAAAUCGCGACCCGCAGACGUGCAGUUGCAGGUUAUGCUCUACCCAGGAUGCGAAUGGGGCUCCAGAACGGAUCCCGUUCGCAUCCAGAGGUACCGCUGUACUCAUUCCAAAUUGUAAUGCUUUUUUUUUUGCAGAAUACACAAGUUGAAUCUGAGUUUUUAGUAUAUUCUUCUACAUUGCUGAAAAUUAGACUGUCAGUUUAGAUUCGCUCUAGACAUCUCAAGAUCAGCUAAGUGAAAGAUGGAUGUGACUUUGAAGAGCACCUGAGACACAGUCUCCUCUUCUGUCUGUGGACAUUUUGAUAUUAAAGACAAGGAGGGGGGACUCCACUACUUUCAAACAUGUUUUUUCAAUAUGGCUUUUGAGUGUUGAUGGGCAUUUUUUCUCUCUUACUCUGUUUAAUGUGUGGUGUCCAAAUUAGUUUUCUCUCUGAAGAGUGAAGUGUAACAGGCAGGGGGGUCUUUUUCAGAUAUCACGGACGCCUUCCCAAGAGUUGAGAUGAGGCCAUGUCUUCAGAUGCACCUGCUUUUUACCUUGAACCUCAAAGCUCGAGUUUUGAAAAGCAAGAACUGUAUCAAUUAAGCCAAUGUGAUUCCUUUUCAUGAGGAGCUUUAACUAACAAAUGCUUCCAAUGGUUUGUGAAGUUGGAAAGCUCUCCAGUGCCAGAACUUCUUUCUGCCAUUUCCACAAUGCAAGUGCUGCAUAAUGAUCAAACAAUGGAAAUGGGCUUGUGGUCAUUGAUGCUUUCAGUAUAUAUCAAAGCGGGAACAGACUUCUUCUUGUGACUUCUAGUUUGUAAUGCUCCUUUACUCAGGGUAUAGAAUAUCAAGUGCAUUAGAUUCCUUUUUUACCACUAUAUAACCUAUGAUGUGUAAAUACUUAAAUGCUAAAUGCAUAAUAAUAGUCUCUUAAAAUCUAGCCAUCUAACUAAUGCUGUAACUGGUUAACAGCUUUUAAAAAUCCACCUUUUGCUCUUGUUCUGCAAACAUAUGGUUUAUUUUGUUUUUGAAAUGAAAAUAGCUGUUAGUAAACUGUGGGCCUGUCCUUAUAGGUUGCCAAAUAUCUCUUUGCAACUAAGAGUUCUUGAGAGGGGGACUUGUGACAAUAUCCUAUUUAACAGCACAAAUUAAUUUCUUCUGCUGCUCUAGUUAAAUCAUUAUAAUACCCACUGAUAUCUGGAGCAGGCUUAUUACCUAUUGGCAUGACUCAACCAAAAUUAAUGAGUCUGCAUGACAGUCCUAGGCAUGCUUACUCAGAAGUAAGUCCCAUAACUUCAGUGGGCUUACUUCCAAGUGAGUGUGCUUAGGAUCAAAGUCUAACAGUGUUUAAGGUUGACUAAAUAAUGCCUGAAGCCAAGAGAUAUAAUGAUGGAAUACUGUUGUAGAGAUACAAGGGAGUUAAAAUUGGUUAGAUUUAAAUUUUGAAAUAAGCAAAGGAUGCGCAAUAGCAACACCUGGGGAAUUAUACAGACACAUGUAACCCUGGUCAACUGCCCUAUAUAGACUCGGUAAAUAUUUGGAUGGAAAAAGCAUGGAUAUUCCAUUGUGUGUAACUGUAAACGGAAUACGUAAGUAGCAUGAAGCACCUGAGGAAUAAGUGUUUUGCACUCAUCUCUUCAAGGCUCAAAAGCAUUUUCUUGCCUUAUAUACCUGAUAUUCCUGAUGUCCCACCUGCGUUUUCUUUGUGAAAGAGGCAUUUCCUGUUGUAGUGUCAUUACAGCAUGACUUCUGGUAAAUUCUUUAGUGUUUGUUUACAUAUGCUAGCUUUUAGAAAACAAUCUAAUGAAUGCAAUCCACAAGUUCAUUGUUGCUGCACAAUCUCUAUUAAUUUCAGUGUGGGGUUUCUUUAUUUGUUGUAUGUACUGGAAGUUAGAAUGAAACAAGCCUUAGGCUCAUUUCAGAUGUAAGAGGAAACCAUGGUUAUGUAAAUGAGCCAUAGUGACCCCUCUGGUUUGAGUAGUUUCAGCUUUCCUUUCCCUUGCAAUUUUAAACAAGCCACUGUCGCCCAUCAUGGCAAAGCUCAGGGAAUGGUGGUUUGUUUUGAAACCAUGGUUAGUGAUUUCAGAUGCUUACUUGUUAUCAAAACAUAGUUUAAACACAUUUCAUGUCCUCUGAUCUUUGAUGGUGAAAGGAGAGAUGGAGUUUUUGAGGGUGAGGCUUACUAUGACAAAUUUAUGUAGCAGGAAACAGGAGCUUUUAGUUACUUCUGAAUCAGGCCUUUGUCACCUUUGCUCUUGGUUUAAACGAGAUUCGAUGUACUGUAAAACAGUGAACAAAAAUAUAUGAUUUAUCCUAUUCAUUAAGAACAAAUGAAGUGAAUACAAUUUGCCCUUUCUUUGUUGUACACUUUGUCUACUGAACUCUCCAGCAAAGACUGCCAUCAAGGGGAAAAGGCAAAGGUGAAAUGUGAUGUGGCUUGGGUUUCCGAUACCCAAAGUCCAAAAUCAAAUAGCAGUCAAGAGGUUCUCUGGAUGGAUUACGUAUCACGUUGAGUGGUUGUGGUCGGGAGGCAAACCAUUAUUCUUAAAAACAAAAUAUUCCAGCAUGAGGGUGACCUUGUAUCCAUGAGCUUGUGAUGAAAUGCUAUGGGUAACUAGUUAACAUGACUGUUCUGUGUCUGCUUGUCCACUUUUUUUCUGCCUGGAAUUGCAGUAGACUUAAGAUGUUUGGACAACUGGAAUAGUUGGCCAAGAGUAGAACUGGCAAUUUUCACAGGCAAGUCAUAUUAGACAACUUGUAGCAGGAUAUACAAUCACAAACAGAUUUUGAUGUGCAUUGUGCAUUCAAGGCAACGAAGAAAUUACUUGGUUGUACAGUAUUCAAUGACACUUUAUUUCUGUCUAUCCAUCACUCUUCCAUUUUUAAAAAUCACACUACCCUCUAUUUUUCCAAAUUAAUGUGGGGUUUUGGAUGUUUAUUGGUUUUCAGAUAUAUUGAAAAGCCUUUUAGAAGAUAGAGAUAGGUUUACAUGAACUUUCUCUUUGAAAAUUGAGCUGUUUCCUUGAGGAUGGGCAGUUAAAAUCGGGAAAAGUUACAAGUUAUGUUCAAAUAUAAAAGCUGUGUGUAUCCAGUUCCUUCAUCCUGCCCUAUUCCUGGGAGCUUUGCUCCUGGUUUACUGGGUAGGGGAAGCUGCUUCACAGAAGAAUCUGUUUCUGGUGCCUCAAAUACAGCCUGUAUUACAUCAAAUGCAAUGGAAAGAAUUGGCCGCACUGAUCCAAUUCAAGGGUGAAAUGUUUGUUAUGCUAUAGUGUUGCUUAGCACACACUUCAUGUGGGCAUAACUACAUGGACAAAAUGCCAUUGUAGUGAUAUUUUUUCACAUGUGUUGAAUUGCCUAGAUAUUUUCACAUUCUCAAAAUCCAAGGUACACAUUUUGGUGCAAUAUUUUAAACACCAUAAACCAGUGUCAGUUCUUCCACUGGUUUACACGGUGGCUAUGUUUUUAGGUUUAGUGUAGGCUCAUAAGUUCUUAUGAAAUAGUACCGUAACUACCUAGGGGUGUGUAUCCUCUUCCACUCAUUCCCACUUAAACCUGCUUCUCAAUACGUUUUGCAUUUCAAAUUGCUGCUGAGUUGUGAUUUCAUGAAAUUCUCAUUUGGUCUGGAGAGUAGUAGAAACUUCAUCCUGCUUAAAAUAUUGACAUAACUGGUUGUGGUGUUAGCAACAGUGGGCAACAGCUACCAAACAGUUUCUGAGAUCUGAUCACAAAAUGAUACCUUGAUUUCUCCCCACCCCCGCAAAUGUUUUGUAUCCUAGUAAUACAAAACUAUAUUACAGACUGAUUCUGAAGCUCUAGCCAUCCCUAUGCAAUGUCUUCCAAAUCUAACAGAAAAAAAUUGUGGUGGCAAAAUUGUGUCAGCAAAAUUAUUUUUCCACUUCCAACAUCCAUCUGGAUGUUUAUGUGGUUCUCUUUUGUGUUCAUAUAUGAUGGUUCUAGUGACAGGCUAUACUAAGCACAGUUAUAAGUUAUUGUAUUUCUGUAUAAAAUGGAAAAUAGUGUACUUUUUUUGCUAAAUGUUGGCAGUUUUUAAAUAAAAAUAUCUUCCCAGUCUUCUGUCUGACCAU